GUUUAACAUUCCCCGAGCUUACCCCAGGGCCCCCCCGAGGGGUGGGGUUUGAUGAUUGCUAUUGUGUGUCUGUGUGAUGUGAUGGAAAGCUGGGGAAACAUGGCGGAGAGCUGUGCGUGGCUGUUAGUGCUGAGCACUGUAUUUUUGUGCAAUCUCUUUAAAAUCCUGCUUCCUUCUUUUUCCUCAAUAGUAAGUAAGCAGACAGACGAUGCGUGAAUUUAAAUAACCUAAAUAAACCACAUACGAGCAUGUCCUCCAUGUAGAAAAGGAGGGAUCCAGGACGUGUAACAAGCUAUACAAAGGUUCUGUAAAUGGGAAAUGUAUGUUAAAAUUCAAUGUUAGUGAUAGGUGUUGGUGUGUUUUAAUCUCCAAUUCAUUGUUUACAAGUCACAAUGUACAAGACAGACAUAGAAAACCCAUAUUCCUAUAAAUUCUUGUGAUGAGUAGGAUUAAACCAUUCCAAUAGACUCCAUAAAACCACGGUUGUGCUUUGCUAUUUUUAUAUAAUUACUGCCAUUUUCUUUUAGUCAUGUUUUCACCUUAUUUAACCUCUUCACGUGCAGCACGGAAAAGGAAAACACACUACAAAUCUGAACUUCACUGUUGUGGUUUAAGAGAUAAAAAAAAUAAACCCUGCAUAAGAAAAAUAAUAAUACGUGCAGCUCUAAUCCCCUUACUAACAGUACAUGGGUGGCCAUCUGGAAAGGUUCAGGAAGGGUCCAUGAGUGCCCAAAGUACCAUUAUCCUCUGCAACAAACAAGCAUGGUGCACGAUCUAUGUGCUUCAUUACAGUGCCUAUAGUGGGUUUUAGACAUCACAAGACAGGCAUGCCACCAUUGUGCCAUCCUUGUACAAAUCGGAUAUUGGACAUGUUUGUUGUUUUUUUCAUUUUGUCUGAGGAAUGAACAUUAGUCUUGAACGUUAAAUACACAUACCUACGUACUUGUCUGUUGAUAUUAAAACAAGUAACUAUAAUUAUAUAGUGCUUUUUUAGUGCACAUAUUUUGUUAUUGGCGUGUUACUGCAACAUGAACUAGAAAUAAAUAUUAAAAAAAAAAAAAAAAAUAGCAACAGCGACAGCACCUCCCCCAAUGUAAAAGGACCUGUGUGCACUAACUUUUAUCCAACAAAUUGAUACAAGUAACUACACUGAUUUCCAAUGCAGCUUGCACAAUUCCAGUUAUUCAUAUUUAAAUUGUAAAAGGCUGUACAGGGUUACAAAGUAAAUUACAUUUAGACAUGACAUCUGAUGUUUUAUAUAUAUUUGUAUGUUUAAUGAGUGACACACAUGUCUUGAAAAUCUCUCCAAGUGGGAAAUUGGGACCUAAAAUUUGCAAUUCACACCUUGAUGACUAUUAGGGCUUAUUCACUACACUGAAAAUUGAGCAGGUAUUUUGAAUCUUUAGGAUACAAUAACUACAAAAAAAUAUAUAAAAAAUUUAUAUCAGCAAUUUUCCAGAUCUGUCAUUUGACAAUUCACGGUCAGUUCUUAACAAUUCCCAGUUUAGUGAAUUACGCAGAAUAACAGAUUUAUUCACUCAAUUCUGAAUUUUAACUACUCAAAUUUAAAGGACCACUCUAUGCACCCAGACCACUUCAGCUUAAUGAAGUGGUCUGGGUGCCAGGUCCAGCUAGGAUUAACCCAUUUUUUUUAUAAACAUAGCAGUUUCAGAGAAACUGCUAUGUUUACAAAUGGGUUAAUCCUUCCCCCAAUUCAUCUAGCGGCUGUCUCAUUGACAGCCGCUAGAGGCAUUUGCGUGAUUCUCACUGUGAAAAUCACAGUGAGAACACGCAAGUGUCCAUAGGAAAGCAUUGUAAAUGCUUUCCUAUGCGACCGGCUGAAUGCGCGCGCAGCUCUUGCCACACGUGCGCAUUCAGCCGAAUGGGUGGAUCGGAGGCGGAGAGCUCCCCGCCCAGCGCUGGAAAAAGGUAAGUUUUUACCCCUUUCCUCUCCCCAGAGCCGGGCGGGAGGGGGACCCUGAGGGUGAGGGCACCCUCAGGGCACUAUAGUGACAGGAAAACGAGUAUGUUUUCCUGGCACUAUAGUGGUCCUUUAAGCGAAAGUAGUGUAGCUGUGACUAUAGCUGUUAAAUUUUUUUAUUUAAUUAGCUAAAAUCUGAUGUUUAAAUUUUAAAAAAAUGAUAAUUACUCCAACUCUAUAUUUUUACACACAUUAGGUCCUAAUAGUCUAUUGAGCUUGUUCAGGCACCAACCGUCUUCCCUAUAAACGCUAAAAUAAAUAAUAACAUAAGAAGCUUGUGGAGCUGCUCAGCACUCCCCCGUCUGACAUCAUGGCAGCCAUUGCAACGUCCAAUCGAAGGCUUCUCGUAGAGAAACAUUUGACUUGACCAUUUAACCACUUAGAGCGCAUGCACGCAUUCUUAGAGAGGGAUAUGAGGAAAUGAGGCUUGAAAAAAAUAAAAUAAUAAUAAUAAUAAUAGGUGGGGAGAGCUUCAGUGCAGUGCAUGUUGACAACAGACAUUUUCUUUUUGCAUUUCACGUGUGGCGGGUGUAUAACUAGCCCCUGGCACAUAAAUGCAAAUGUCUUCAAGCAAAACAGCUGCGCAUACAGGUUCCUACAACCAUAAUACUCUCUAAAAACAGAAGUGGCUAUGGUGGUUGGAGUAACCCUUUUUAACCCAGUGAAUGUCUGUACAUUCAAGUGCAAAGACAGUAAAAAAAAAAAAAAGAAAAUACUUGCACUUACUGAACUCUAUUAAAAAAAAGACAGCAGGUACUAUAACAUGUCAAAGUGAUUCUGGUACCUGAAGUGCCCUAGCAUCCUUCCAGAGUAAGUAGUCAAAUCAUUUAAGCGGGGUUUGAUAACUUACGUUGGCCUCUAACGCACCCUCCCCUCCCAACAGAAAGUCCUACCACUGAGCUAAGUCCAGCUCUGCAGGGCCAAACAAAUUGGCACAGAGAGUGCACAGCUGACUCGAGGCUUACCUCAGAGGGGGCAAACUGGAACCCCUUGGCAGCAAGGAAGGCAGUUUAGUGACCACGGUAACUAAAUUACUACUUAAAUAGGAGAUUGGGGGGAGCAUUCCUGGCACCAUAACUACUACAGCUGGCUUGAACAGCUACGGGGCUUGAGGAGUUCAUUCAAUAAAAAGCAAAUUGUGGAGUAGUGAUAGUUGAAUUGCAAAUAUUUUACAAUUAAAGGACCACUCUAGGCACCCAGACCACUUCAGCUUAAUGAAGUGGUCUGGGUGCCAGGUCGUUCUAGGGUUAACCCAUUUUUUAAUAAACAUAGCAGUUUCAGAGAAACUGCUAUGUUUAUUAAUGGGUUAAGCCUUCCCCCAAAGCCUCUAGUGGCUGUCUCAUUGACAGCCGCUAGAGGCGCUUGCGUGCUUCUCACUGUGAUUUUCACAGUGAGAGCACGCCAGCGUCCAUAGGAAAGCAUUGUAAAUACUUUCCUAUGCGACCGGCUGAAUGCGCGCGCAGCUCUUGCCGCACGUGCGCAUUCAGCCGACGGGGCGGAUCGGAGGAGGAGAGCUCUCCGCCCAGCGCUGGAAAAAGGUAAGUUUAAACCCCUUUCCAGAGCCGGGCGGGAGGGGGACCCUGAGGGUGGGGGCACCCUCAGGGCACUAUAGUGCCAGGAAAACGAGUGUGUUUUCCUGGCACUAUAGUGGUCCUUUAACAUCAAAAGUGCAUUUUAAAUGUUUACUAACAUUUUGCAAUUCACUUGUUAGUCCAACUUGAUUCACAGUUUAAUGAAUAAAUCUUCAAGUGUUUCAAGAAAAUGUGUUAGAACUGCUCUGUGGUUUUUUUUUCUUUCAGUUUUUCCUUUCCUCAUGCCCCUAGAAUGAUAAUGAUUAUACUCCUCUCCUCUGUGACACUUGUCUUUAUUUACAUUCAUUAUCUUUUUGUUGCUUGUGCCGGAUCUUAAUUCCUGGGUGCCUCCAUUUUGUUCUCCUCUCUCCGUGAUUUCAGCAGUUUGACUGAUGCACUGUGGGUAAAUUAGCUUUGCAACUGAAAUUAAACUUUUCUUAAGCUCUGCCCAUUGCAAACAUUUGCCAGAGAUCACGCUUCCCAUGAGAAAAAGUAGUCCCUACUUUUUUUUUUGUAUAACUAAUUAAAAAAAAAUAAUUAAAAAAAAACCCUGAGGUAUAAAAAAGGAGUAAUUUAAAAUAAAAUCCUAUAAAGUGACAGGGCUGUUUUAAUGCCAAAAGUGAACUGUUUUUUUUAUUUAUGUACUUAUGCUUAAAAAUUUAAAUGUUUAAUUUUCUUUUUCACCUGGUAUAUUCUCAUAUAUAACAUAAAAUGUAAUAUUCACCAUUCUUUGAUCUCCAUGGUACAUACUGUGAAUCCAUAGCGUCUAAGAUGUCAUUAUUUCCUUCCAGCUAUCACGCUUCCUGCAGAAAGAUGCAGAGCAGGAAUACCAGAUGAGAUUUGAAAUUCAGACUAUGAGACAAGAACUCUCUGCUAUCAGUAUGAUGGACGAGUUUGCAAAAUAUGCCAGAUUGGAAAGAAAAAUCAACAAAAUGAGCGACAAACUAAAAACCCACGGUAAUAAUAUUACGUUUUAGUAGCCACCUAUUAGAUGUUGUUUGAAAAGUAAUUUUAAAGGGUUACUCCAAGCAUUGUAAUCACUACAACCCCCUGUGGUGGUUAUGGUGCUAAAAGUACCACUUUUCAGUAAUCCUGCCCAGCAUCGAGUCUGCUCUGUGGCUGUGAGAUGCACCCAGCGCCUGCAGAGCCUAAAUCCAAAAUCCUUUAGCUUUAAAUGAGACAGUUAUCUCAUUCUGUUUGCUGACAAAGCAGGUGAAUAUGAUUUUUUUCAUAUUUACCCGUUGUCCUUGCACUUUCCAUGGGCCAAACCUAGAGGGUCACUGAUCUAGCUAAUUUGUGUCCUAUGGAAAAGUGCAUUGCGCAUGUGUGACUGUCGACGUUAUCAGUGACAUUGUGCAAUUCCUAGUACAAGCUCCAUCAAUUUUUACGCAUAACCUUGUGUGAACAGCCAACAGUCCCUGCGGAUAAUGAGCAACAUCAAUAGAAACAUAUUAGAGCACAGUGUUCAAGUCACACAUGUAUACAUAUAUACAGUUCACAUGGUUUAAAAUUUCCAUUCUAUAUCUCGCAAGUGAAUGGGACUUCACGCUCACCAGCAGCCACACUGAGGAGGAAAACUGGUGGGAACUAUGGAUGCUAGCACCUCAAGUUGUGCUUUAGUUAGUGCAAGAAACGGCAGUUGCACAUGUCUUAUGCUAAAAUGUUGUGUGACAAAACACCAGACAUUCUACUUCUGCACAACAGCAUGAGCCAAAUGCUGAAAAGGGAAAGAUAUGCCUAAAAAUAGGAAACAAACGCAUGUAUAUUGUCAGUGAAGCUAAAGUUUUUGACUUAGACAGUUGUCUCAAAGUGAUGCUUGUCCCAUUUGGUAAAUACAAAAAUGCUUUGCCCGUUUGUGCAGAAUGAAGCCUGAGUAGCAUUUGAUUAAUUUGAAAAAAUAAUUUAAAGUAUUCACACAAAGUACAUUCACAAGCAGAUCUCAUUAAAGGGUUUCUCCAGACAUCCAAAAUGCUGAAACUCUACUGCAGGCACCAUGAACACUUCAAAUCCCUGAAGGGAUCAUGGUGCUUGGAGUCUGUAUGUGCUACGUUUCAGUAUGAAAGUUUAACCCCCUUUGCUGCUGGAGGUGUAACUCACAUUCGGCUGCAUCGUUGGGAGGUAAUAAGCCAGCCCGGAACUAGAUUUUACCAUGGGCAGAAUUAUUAUUAUUAUUAUUAUCGCCAUUUAUAUAGCGCCAACAGAUUUCCUAGCGCUUUACAAUAUUAUGAGAGAUGGGAAACUGCUGUUAUUGGUUGAGAACGGUCAACUGAAGCUCUCAGCCAAGUAAUGCGAAGCAUCCAUUGCAUUUUGUGUGUAAGUCUCAAGGUGUUGAGAUCCCUUGUGAGAUUUACUGCUGUCCCUCACAACUUUCUUUGUUGUAUAGAGCCCCUUGUUUUCUUUUUAUUUUGUAUAAGCGAGUGUGUGUUUGGACACAGUGACAUAACUUGCAACUUUAUUAUUUCGUUAGCAGCUGACAGACACCAGGCCAUCACUCCCAGAAUAUCCACAAGAGAAACUAAGCACCUGCUAGGGCCUAGAGCAGGCAUAGGCAACCUUCGGCACUCCAGAUGUUUUAGACUACACCUCCCAUGAUGCUUUGCCAACAUUAUGGGUGUAAGAGCAUUAUGGGGUUAUGUAGUCCACAACAUCUGGAGUGCUGAGGGUUGCCUAUCCCUGGCCUAGGGGAUGAAGUAAGGCAACCUUUUAGGUCCAGGUAUGGGCUGAUAAAAGAUUUAACAAUCUCUGAUUCAACAUUAUUAUCACUGUGCAAUGUACAUACAAGGACAAUGAAACACAUUUAGUGUCUUAUCAUUUUAGGUGUCAAUGCACCCUUUUACCUCGGGAAGUUCCAUAAUUGAGUUGAGGCAGCAGCUGUUUUGCACAGUAUGAGUCUAUGACUUUUUACGUGCUUAAAUUUUGAAGUCAUGUACACCCUGUUAAUGAUGAAGUGACAUCAAGUUUGCACUAGGCAUCAUUACACAGCAUUCAAAGCCUCAAUAAAGUGUCUCAAGAUCUCUGUGUAUUUAGAGUCCGCUUCGUGAGUAUCUUUCCGAGUCUUCUGCAACGUCACUGCUAACGGUCCCAACGAUGGUACUCCCACUUCCAUAUAUCAGUCUCAUUUCCAAAAUUCCCAACACAGUCCACUUUUUUUUAAAAAUUUUUUUUUUAUUUUUCUUGUGCAAAGAAUUGACAAUCUUGUAAAAAAAAAAAACACAACAGCUCAUGUGUGCCUAACUUCCAAACAUAGAUUAGUAGUGCACAAUUUUAAAGGAACACUAUAGUCACCUAAAUUACUUUAGCUAAAUAAAGCAGUUUUAGUGUAUAGAUCAUUCCCCUGCAAUUUCACUGCUCAAUUCAUUGUCAUUUAGGAGUUAAAUCAAUUUGUUUCUGUUUAUGCAGCCCUAGCCACACCUCCUCUGGCUAUGAUUGACAGAUCCUGCAUGAAAAAAAAAAACUGGUUUCACUUUCAAACAGAUGUAAUUUACCUUAAAUAAUUGUAUAUCAAUCUCUAAAUUUAACUUUAAUCACAUACAGGAGGCUCUUGCAGGGUCUUGCAAGCUAUUAACAUAGCAGGGGAUAAGAAAAUCUUAAUUAAACAGAACUUGCAAUAAAGAAAGCCUAAAUAGGGCUCUCUUUACAGGAAGUGUUUAUGGAAGUCUGUGCAAGUCACAUGCAGGGAGGUGUGACUAGGGUUCAUAAACAAAGGGAUUUAACUCCUAAAUGGCAGAGGAUUGAGCAGUGAUACUGCAGGGGCGUGUUCUAUACACCAAAACGGCUUCAUUAAGCUAAAGUUGUUCAGGUGACUAUAGUGUCCCUUUAAGUUAAAAGACAUUGAACGUUCCGCCAGUAAACAAGGGAGCACACAUGUUAGACGCAUCAGGUUGAGGUGUACUGGCAGGGUAGCAAGACACACAAAUAAAAUUUAAAUUACAUGCUUGAUAUAUCUACAUAUGAUAGAUAUGUAGGGCUUGAUAUUUUUGCUGAGCCUACAAAAAUAGGAGGGGGACCCAGCCCUAUGGGUCUUAAAUAAAGAAGCAGUAAUCGUGUCGUGGAGAAAAAACAGUAAUGGGGUCAGUCGGGGGUGUUAACUGUUAAAUUACACUCAAUAACCCUUGAGCCUUAGGGGGGGUGGGGGGGGAUUAGGUGGUUGCUAUGUCCUUUGAUCAGGGUAGAUCUUAGGAGGUGUGAUGGCAUCUGGAGUCAGGCAGUCCACUUAAUUAGUGUCUUCUAUGUGUAUGCUUACCAAUCCACUACGAGUCCUCUCCUCUGUUUAUUCUAUCAGUACACUCCCUCCAUGGUACUCUAAUUUUUUUCCUCGGUUUCCGCUAACCAUCCCUUCUCAGUCUCUUCAAUGAGUACACUCCUUUGGCUCAAUUUUGAGUUCAUACUUGCACCCUCUGUGUCAUUAGCACCAGAAUUACACCACUACAAUGUUCUCAGCAGCUUGUUUUCUCUUAACCCCUUAAGGACACAUGACAUGUGUGACAUGUCAUGAUUCCCUUUUAUUCCAGAAGUUUGGUCCUUAAGGGGUUAAAAAACAAGUAGAAAGGCACCCAAAACAACUGUAGGAAUGGCUGCUUUGAUUGUGUCCUUUGUGAUUGAUCCUGUGCUGCGGUUUCUGUCCGUUAAGUCCUGAAUUUUAGCUGCUCCGUAAAAAUCACUGACACAGUGGGGAGUUAGUUCUGUUUUCAGUGGAAUAUUUAGUUUUUAGCUUAUAUCAGUUGGAAACUGGUAUCUCUGAGUUCUUAGUAUUCUAAACUUGGACCUCUUAUUAACUUUUCCACAAUGUUACCAGCAAUACCUCUAUGCCAAGAUCUACGAGACGCACAAAUGACCAUCUGGGUUUGCAUUAUCUCUUGGGCAGGAGAGACAUCCAUUUGCAGAGGGCCAGCUUUGUGUAAAAAAAUGAGCCAACAUCUGUAUGUGAUCAUUGGUGGUAACCAACUGUAGUACAGGCUAAUUAAGCUUUCAUCCUUUCUCUGUGAGUGUUUCUUGGGGUCUGUUUAAAACUGUAAGGGCCUAUCAAAUACAUUAUUUGAAAUAUUUGGAUUACAGAACAAACAAAACAAUAUUGACAAAUGCAAGCGAUGCAAAGGCCUCUGGUCUGAUGAGAUUACAUCUGGCUGUACUAUGCAUUAUCUGGGUUAUUUAAACCAAACACGUCUUCACUGUGCAAUCAAUAAAUAGUCCUGCAAGGAUCUAGAACAGCAUUAUAAAAUAGCUUAGGGUAUACCAGUUUAAAAGUUCUUUUAAUGGAAUAGGGUAAACUUUAUAAAGGUUUAAUACAUGUAUCCCUGUAGGGUGGGCUGAGGAGCCUCUCUUUUGUUCGCACAAUGUGAAACUACCUCUAGGCUAUUUAGUAGCUGUUAAUUAGUUUAACAUAGAUGUUCUAUGGUCCUCUUACAAGAUGUUGCUUGGCAGGAAAUACAGUUGGGUUAUUCAAAUCUUGAUUUGUUAAGUAAGAAACACAAAGGAUUUUUUUUGAAUGUGUUUGCAUGCAGAGAACCACACUAAUUUACCCAUAUGAAUCUACUCGGCUACACUCUAUUCUCUCAUUGAUCAUGUAAAUGCACAUUUGGGAAGGUAUGGUAAAAGACUAUCAAUAGGGAUGGGCAACACACCAGGACAUCUGAUGUAAAUCCACGCUCGUUAUGCGGUUUUAUCAAUAGACUAUGAGAAAGAACUGGAGAAAUAAUUGCAUAAAGUAACAUUACAUGUAAGUAAAGUAACUAAACUGAUUUCUGUAGUUAACAUAGACUCAGAGUGCGUUUCAUCAGGGUGUGCACUGAGGGAGGUAUUAUGUACUUUUUAAUGAAAAAUUAUGUGUAAUAAUUAUGGAAUUAUGUUUUUUGAUGCACUGCACACUUGGCAUGCAUGCAAUAAAAAUGCUCUUAUUAUGAGAAAACACACACUCUUUAAAUUAUAUUCCGAUUAUCUCCUCUCUUUUCUUGUAUGGCCUCUAAUACACUGAUAUCCCAAUACAUGUAUGGAUACUCACUGCCUCCUGCAGUGAGAGACAUAUUUUUCACAAUUAAUCAAUAGGUGAUCCUGUGUUUCUUUCCCAGAUUUAAUCUAAAGAACACCAUUGCGCCACACCUGCCUUGCCCCAUCUGUGGUGGACACUGUUAUCCAAUGUGUAUCUUUAAAGGAUUACAACAGUCCCUUCACUUAAAAGGUUCAUUGUAACUCAAAUAGCAGGAUAAGGUGACUUAGAUUCAAGGGCCCCCAUUUUUUAUUUUAAAAACCAAAACAAUUAAUAUAACGCUUUACUCACCUGCAAACCAGCCAGAGACAGACCCUUCUGGGCAGCCCAGUCUAUCUCCCUGAUGUCACCGGGCAUUUCCUCCAAUCCUUGGCUUCUCAUAGUGAAGUAUUGCGGACAAAGGGCACAUGACGCUCCAAUUAAAUACUUCUCACAGAAAAGCAUUGAAUCCACUACUUCUCCAUUAAGGGCACUAGAGGACUUUUGAUGUCCUCAGGCAAUGCUUGAAGACAUCAAACGUCACAGAACCGAGUCUCACUCUGUUGUUUAUCUGGAAGCCACUAGAAGUGUGUUUAAUCCCUCAAUAUAAACAUUGCCAUAUCUUUAAAACAGCAAUGUUUCCAAUUUGUUGGAAAAAAACGGCAGGGCCACUGCACCCAGAGAUGAAGUGAUAUGGGUGAUUACAUUUGUCCUUUAAAGAUAUGUACCAUUUGUGCACUAAUUAGGUGGCAUUUUUUAUUUAAACACAUUUAUUUUCUAAACCAGGAAUUGUACCAAAUUAAAAACCUAAUUGCAAAAUAAUAAGACUGAAAUAGCCUAGCUGUGAGUAAACUUCAGUUGUAGAAUUUUACCAGAUUGGCAGUUUUUGCCUAAUUUUUUUUAAAUUCAAUUUUCAAUUCACUACAAUCCAAGUUUUACGAAUAAUCUCCUAACUUUUACCUCCAUCACGUAAGCAAACUAAUAAAACAAAAGAUUAGUGUCUUUAAAGGGGACCACCAGGCACCAUGCCACUACAAUUUAUUGUAGUGGUUAUGGUGUAAAUUGUUUUCUGUCAAAUUAUUUGUGAGCUGUUUAAGAAAAAAAAUGAAUGUCCAGCAGACACUUCCUGGGAGGGAGGGUCUGCUGCUGAUUGGCUGGAAUGUGUCUGCUGACUGUGAGGUUCCGGGUCAAAGUGUACUCAAUGAUGACGAAUAGGGGGCGGACCGGAAAUCGCAUAUGUUCCCCCAACGCGAACACGCUAUUGUUCCCCGGCGGACAGUUCGCGAACAGUUCGGCGAGCAGUUCGCGACAUCUCUAGUCCUUAAGACUUAAUUUAAAUCAUGAUUUUUAAACAUAAAGACUUAUUCUUGCUGCUUGUUGUAUUUGUUACUAUUUGCAACUAUUAGAAGAUCUUAUGCCUAGAAUAAUAUAUUUUUUUUCAGAUUAGUUUAACAGUUAUAUUGGAACUGAUUUUGUUAUCUAGCAUUAGAAAUAUAUAGAUAAUGAUAAAACCAUUGCUGAGUAAACUAUAUCCUGUUUAACAGGUUAAUCAAUCAAGUUUGGAGAACAACUUAAAUUAAAGGUGUUCAUUGUGUGUACAUAGAUUUGCUGGGCAAACAAUGGAAUUAAGGUUUUUUUCUGAACUUUGUUUAUUUUAAACCAUUAUUGUGCUGUAAAAAAAGUGCAUGAUAUCUCUGCAGGCACAAGUUCAAUUAACUUGGAUUAAUGGAAUUAAUUUACCAAAAAUGUAGCAUAAACAUACAGCAUCAUGCUACAUAACUAAUCACCAUUUCAUGCUGAAUAACCUUUUGGUCUAUAAUGUAUAUUAAAUAGAAAAAUAUAUUUAGGUAGAUUUUUCCUCCAAAAUAAUUUUAUAAAAAAUCCAAUUUAAAUAAAAAAUGUUUUCAUAAAUAAUAAAAAAAAAACAGAUUUAAAAAAAAAAAAUGUAUCCACUGCAGUAGGGAAUAACUCUGGCGCUGAAAGAAUUCCAAUUUUUGUGCUUGAAACAAAUUUGACAGAAAUUGGGGGAUGCCACCCAACACUCCGUUAUCAGAAAAAUGAUAAACUGUUAUAGGUGUGGUGCUUAGAUUAUCCCAUUAAGGUCAAAAUUUUAAUUCCAACACAGUUAAAAUAAAGCAUAAGACAAAGAAGUGGAAUUCUUUGUCUUAAGGUAAAAUCCCACCUUGACACAUCUUGAUAAAGGGCAGAUCUCUUGUCUGCAGCCUUUACAAGCCCUCCCCUUCUAACACGGCCCAGAAUAUCUGUGGCUGUCCAAUUACAGACUUCCCAAUGCAACUCAAUGAGAAGUCUUUACUAGGCAGGUGCUCUAGGCACUGCUUCCUCUUGAGUUAAGCUCCAGUGAGCUGACCAAACAAGGAAGUAACAUGACAGGUUGUAUGAUUGACAGUCACGAGGUUGUAAAGGUUAGUUUAUAAAAGUGACAAUUAGUAUUGAAAUCUGCACUUUUUAUAAAAUGAAAAAAGAGGACACACUUUUAACACAAAAAAACACUUAAUAGAGCUUACGUGCUUUAGGGGUCUGGGUUGUUCCUUUCAUUUUUGGCAUUCCAGCACCCCAUUAUUGUUUCUUUGUUAUAUGGGCUUCCUAAAAUGCCUAAAUAUGAAGACAAUGCAAUAUUACACGUGCCCAGUCAGUGCCGAGUUAGUAAUGUAAGAAACUGAACAAAGCAAAAGUUAUAGUAGGCUUGGGAAGUAGUAAAAAUAUUGGGGAAAAAAUGCUUUUCUAGCAUGGAAAACAAUUUAUGCUUAUUCCACAUCUUCCAACAUUAUGCCUGCUUUCACAUUUAGUGCCAGAAUUCUCCUUAAAAGCCAAGUACACUUGGUUCCUCCCAGAUUUUAAAGAGACAAAAGGGCAAACAAAGAGGCCAAGGGAUAUAUUAGCACAAUAAUAGAGUUGAUAAUCAGUUAAAUCCCACUGAUUAUCUCGGCACCAGCAAUUUGGAGCCAGGACCUUGUUUAGUUUAACACCUUCGUUAAAAUUCAUCAUUCUUAUUUCUUAUUUAAAAUGUGAGCACACAAUAAGUAAUAUAUAUGUAUACGUACAUAUGGUAGAGUAGACAUGAUCUAAAAGGGAUUAAAAACAGACAGACCUAGUGCACCCUGUAUGGAACUUAUAAAAAAUGGAAUAAAACUCACAAGUCUAGAGCCGGAUCAGGCUCUAUAGAAUGUGUCCCAAGUUGCCUAUUCAGGCAUGGAUAUCCAGAAACACCAGGGAUGCAGGAAUUGCCAGGAUGAAAAACACAUUUAUUGAAUAGUAAAAAUAAACAACACUAAAUAAACACGGACUACAAUAAAUAUUAUGCAGUAAAAAGCAAGCAUACAAAAACACUGCUUAAGUCCUGUACUGCAAAUUUAAAAGAAUCAAGACACAUGUGCCAGAUCAGCACAUUUGGCAGGAUAUUUAAAGGGGAAUCACCCAGGGAUUUAUCAGCACUGAAGAAGAAGACUAAAGGACAUAGUCGAAACAUGUCUGCUAGUAUUUGAAGUACUGAACCUAAGCAGUGUUUUUGGAUGCUUGCCAGAUGCUUGCUUUUCACUGCAUAGAGAUUUUUUUUUUUUUUAUUAUUCAAUUUUUCAUAAGUUUCAUACAUUGUGCACUAUGUCUGUUUGUUCUUUUAGUGCUCUGCAGACAAUAUUUACUCUACUAACCUAUAUAAUAUAUAUUUGUAUAUACAAGUAUUACUUAUUGUGUGCUCACUUUUUGGGUAUAUUUGUUUUAUUAUAUUUGUUUUUUAUACACAUUUAACAAACUGUGAACACACCUCAUUACCAUUCUAAUUUGGAUGCUUUUAUACAUUUUAUCUGCAGUCCAUAAAUCUAUUUAUUAAAUGGAAUAUCUAAUCACAAUAGUCAGUACAGUUUGUUGUAGUUGCAAUGGGUACUGUUAGGUUAUGGGUGCAAAAACUCUGGUUAUUGUCAAACCUUUUCCAAAACUCCUCUAGUGACCUAGGAUUUAGGAUGUAUGUUCCCCAGUUUUUUUCCAAUUGAGAUUCCAAUAAAAGUUGGACUGUUGGAGGUCUUUGUGAACUUGUCUGGGAACCACUGGCCUAGACUACAAAUGUCUAGCAAAACACCAAUUUUGUCUGCAACAGUUCAUCACUGUGCAUGAAGUCCACGAUUUUGGAUUGGGAAUGCCUUACUACUUUCCCCAAUUUAAAGCUCGAUUAACUGCUAAAAUUACAUUUGUGAUUGUUUAAUCCGUGUAUCUCUACAAGUCUUUUGUUAUUCCAUGGAGCUUAUUAAAACAGGGAUGGGCGUUUUCUAAUAGAAUUGAAUGUCUAAGGGAGGCUUCAGAGACUCCAAUUCUUGCUCCUAUUGAGGUGGUUUUCAGAUAAACCACCUUGUUUUCCAGAAUCUCAAUUGCAUUUAAAAGCUGUGGUAAGGCUUACUUUUAUUUCAGUGGUUCACAAUAAGCCAAUAGAGAGAGAGCUUUUGUUAAGCUAGUGCAUGCUACACACUUAUAGCUAUUUAAUUGUCACUGUUAUAUUAUCAAAAGCAAAAUACAUUUUACAGCUGUAUUACCAUUAGGCUGUUGUCAUUGGUCAGUUUAACAGGUUUACUUUUCAGUGUAUGUAUCUUAGACACAUAGAAACAUAGAAACAUAGAAUGUGACGGCAGAUAAGAACCAUUCGGCCCAUCUAGUCUGCCCAAUUUUCUAAAUAAUUUCAUUAGUCCCUGGCCUUAUCUUAUAGUUAGGAUAGCCUUAUGCCUAUCCCAUGCAUGCUUAAACUCCUUUACUGUGUUAACCUCUACCACUUCAGCUGGAAGGCUAUUCCAUGCAUCCACUACCCUCUCAGUAAAGUAAUACUUCCUGAUAUUAUUUUUAAACCUUUGUCCCUCUAAUUUAAGACUAUGUCCUCUUGUUGUGGUAGUUUUUCUUCUUUUAAAUAUAGUCUCCUCCUUUACUGUGUUGAUUCCCUUUAUAUAUUUAAAUGUUUCUAUCAUAUCCCCCCUGUCUCGUCUUUCCUCCAAGCUAUACAUGUUAAGAUCCUUUAACCUUUCCUGGUAAGUUUUAUCCCGCAAUCCAUGAACCAGUUUAGUAGCCCUUCUCUGAACCCUCUCUAAGGUAUCAAUAUCCUUCUGAAGAUACGGUCUCCAGUACUGUGUACAAUACUCCAAGUGAGGUCUCACCAGUGUUCUGUACAAUGGCAUGAGCACUUCCCUCUUUCUACUGCUAAUACCUCUCCCUAUACAACCAAGCAUUCUGCUAGCAUUUCCUGCUGCUCUAUUACAUUGUCUGCCUACCUUUAAGUCAUCAGAAAUAAUCACCCCUAAAUCCCUUUCCUCAUAUGUUGAGGUUAGGACUCUAUCAAAUAUUCUGUACUCUGCCCUUGGGUUUUUACGUCCAAGAUGCAUUAUCUUGCACUUAUCCACAUUAAAUGUCAGUUGCCACAAUUCUGACCAUUUUUCUAGUUUACCUAAAUCAUUUGUCAUUUGGCUUAUCCCUCCUGGAACAUCAACCCUGUUACAUAUCUUAGUAUCAUCAGCAAAAAGACAUACCUUACCAUCAAGACCUUCUGCAAUAUCACUAAUAAAAAUAUUAAAGAGAAUGGGUCCAAGUACAGAUCCCUGAGGUACCCCACUGGUGACAAGUCCAAGCUUCGAAUAUAUUCCAUUAACUACAACCCUCUGUUGCCUGUCACUCAGCCACUGCCUUACCCAUUCAACAAUAUUGGAAUCCAAACUUAAAGAUUGCAGUUUAUUGAUAAGCCUUCUAUGUGCAACAGUGUCAAAAGCCUUACUGAAAUCUAGGUAAGCAAUGUCUACUGCACCACCCUGAUCUAUAAUUUUAGUUACCCAAUCAAAAAAAUCAAUAAGAUUAGUUUGGCAUGAUCUCCCUGAAGUAAACCCAUGUUGUCUCUGAUCUUGAAAUCCAUGUGUUUUAGAUGUUCAUCAAUCCUAUCCUUUAACAUGGUUUCCAUCACUUUCCCCACUACUGAAGUAAGGCUUACUGGCCUAUAGUUGCCCGACUCCUCCCUAUUACCUUUCUUGUAAAUGGCACAACAUUCGCUAACUUCCAAUCUUCUGGGACUACUCCUGUUAACAAUGAUUGGUUAAAUAAAUCUGUUAAUGGUUUUGCUAGUACACCACUAAGCUCUUUUAAUAGCUUUGGGUGUAUUCCAUCAGGUCCCAUUGACUUAUUUGUCUUUACUUUUGACAGUUGAAAUAGAACCUCUUCCUCUGUAAACUCACGUGUAAUAAAUGACUCAUUUAUCCUUUUUCUCAACUGAGGUCCCUUUCCUUCAUUUUCUCUGUAAAUACAGAACAAAAAUAUUCAUUGAGGCAGUCAGCCUGACCUUUAUCCUCUUCUACAUACCUUCCUUCUUUUGUUUUUAAUCUAACUAAUCCUUGUUUUACUUUUCUUUUCUCAUUUAUGUAUCUAAAAAUGUUUUAUCCCCCUUUUUUACUGACUGUGCUAUUUUCUCUUCUGUGUGUGAUUUGGAAGCUCUUAUAACUUGCUUAGCCUCUUUCUGCCUAAUCUUAUAGAUCAUUUUGUCUCCCUCACUCUGGGUUUUUUUUAUAAUUCCUAAAUGCUAACUUUUUGUUUUUAACUAUUUUGGCCACAUCUGCGGAGUACCACAGUGGUUUCUUGAAUUUUUUGCUUUUACUGACAAGCCUAAUGCAAUUUUCUGUUGCCUUCAAUAGUGCAACUUUUAAAUAAUCCCAUUUUUCUUGGACUCCAUUUAAAUUGCUCCAGUCUGAUAAUGACUCCUCUACCCAUAUUCUAAUUUUAGAAAAGUCUGUUUUUCUAAAGUCUAAAACUUUUGUUUUUGUGUGGUGUGACUCAGUCACUGUUCUUAUAUUAAACCACACUGACUGAUGAUCACUGGAUCCUAAACUUUCACCUACAGUAACAUCUGAUACCAAAUCUCCAUUUGUUAACACUAAAUCUAGUAUGGCCUCUUUACGAGUUGGCUCCUCAACAACUUGUUUUAGAGACAAUCCCAGUAGGGAGUUUAGAAUAUGUGUGCUCCUGGCACAAGUAGCUAAUUUUGUUUUCCAAUUUACAUCAGGAAGAUUAAAGUCACCCAUGAUGAUAACUUCCCCCUUCAUUGUCAUUUUAGCUAUUUCCUCAACUAGUAGAUUAUCUAACUCUUCAAUUUGUCCUGGGGGCCUAUAAAUCACACCUACACGAGUUACUGUGUGAUUACCAAAUUCUAACGUAGCCCAAACGGACUCUAUGUUUGCCUCACUAACUUUUAUUAGGCUAGAUUUUAUGCUAUCCUUCACAUACAAGGCCACCCCUCCCCCUUUCUUGCCUUCCCUAUCUUUCCUAUAUAAAGAGUACCCUGGUAUUGCUAUGUCCCAGUCAUUUUUCUCAUUGUACCAUGUCUCAGUAACAGCGACUAAAUCUACACUAUCAGUUGCCAUUAUUGCCACAAGUUCAUGGAUCUUAUUCCCUAAACUGCGAGCAUUUGUAGACAUGACUCUAAGCUUAUCAUUUUUUAACACACUUGCUACAGGCACCUUCUGUCCUUGUUUUGGGGGACAUUUGGAUUGAUGUUUUAUCACCCUUUUGCCCCCCCCUCCUAGUUUAAAUACAUCCUAGUAUAUCGCUAUGAGGAAAGUUCAGUGUCUCCAUGCAGAGGGUGUAGAUUCUAAAUGGCAGUGCAGCCCAUUGUGCAGCACUGCCCCAGGAAGCACCUCUAGCAGCACUCUAAGGAGGUGCAAGUGGAGGUAUCCCUAGGCUGUAAUGUAAACACUGCAUUUUCUGCAAUAAGCUGUAGUUAUUCUGGUGACUAUAGUCCAUUUAAACCCAGCCACUCUAUGGGCUGCUAAUACAGACUUUAUAUUUCUUUGUUGCGAAACUGGGACUGUGUAUUUAGUUUUAUUUCUAUAUUGUGAAAGGCAAACAGAUUAUGGCACAUAGACUCACAAACCUAAUUAUGCUGGGCCCGUACCUAUAGCCUUUUUCAGGCUGAAAUUCCAUUGAAGGGUUGUGGACACAACUUGAAACAGCUCUGGAAAGCAAGUGAUCAGUAAUUCAAUUUUUUUUACGUGAGUUGUAUGUAGUAUAUAUAUCAUUAUGAAUAGAUCACGGUAACUAUUUAGUCACUCUGGGCAUACCCGAGGUACCCUUAAAAUGUAGCUGAUCAUUUCAAACAACUAAAAAUUCUGCAACGUGUGAAUUUGAUUGACUUUAGUUCAAACUUUACUAUAUUAACUUAUUGUGGAAGAAUAAAUUAAGGGUUCCCAAGAACUUAUACGGGAAUAGCAUUAGCUAUCAUUUUUCUACUUUAUGUUCAAUGACGUUUGUCCUUACUUUUUAUAUUUCUUUUUUGUUGGGUAGUUAAAGGAUAUGCCUAUAGAUUUCGAAAUAUUAAAAAUGUGCACAUUAUAACCGUUAAAUAUUUGAAAAUCCAAGACCAAUUUACAGUUUCGAGUAGUACUCUACAUAAAGAGUGUUAUAAUAAAUGUCAGCUUAUGUUGGUCAUACGCUAUGAAUGAACAGUGCAAGCAGCAUGUUUUAAAAAUUCCUUAUAAAGGUUUUGCCUGGAGGAAAAUAGUACAAAUUUAUCAAGUCAACUACUGCCAUAAUCAAAGAGUUGUAUGGGGAUUGUAUGACACAGUAUUUCAAUAAAUGUCAAUUUAAGCAGUGGGAAAAAGUAGAGGAAGGAAAAGAGAGAGAAGAAAGGUAGAGAUAAAGGGGAGAUGACAAUGGACAAAAUACAGUAAAAUAAAAGGAUGUAACUCAACAAGGAGAGAAUGCCAUUUUUGAGAAACUUACAAGGAUUAGGGGUUUUCCCUACCCAGAUGGGGAGAAAAAAAAAGCACUAAGGGUAGCCCUGUACAAUAUGUAGGGGUGCAAUGCAGACUUGUCUAGCAAUUAUGCUAAGUUGCCGGUUUAAUUCCUGAACACUCUGGGUUUGAAGGAAGUUUGUUAAAUUGAUAUUGGAAAUUACUGUCAAGCCUUCAUAAGGGCCCUAACUACAUUGGAUCCAAAAAGAUAUGCAAGACGGCUUCCAUAGAGAGUUGGUGUUGUCAUCAUGGAAUUUUAAAGGUAAGUCCGAGGACAAUGGCCUUGUGUGGUUGUCAACAAAUAAUGCCACGAAUUGUCAUGUUGCAAGUAUUGCGGUCUUGUUUGUGUUGUGCACAACUAAAUAACAUUGCCUCCAUGUAGAAAUGGCCUUCACACAUCGAGAAGACACAAUAGAAUGCAGGGACAUGCUUGGGUCCAGUAGAUCAAUAGUUACUAACAUCUUUUGACCACGGCACAUUUUGAUAAGACAACCGUUUUCAUAGCAAACCUACUCUAUUCUUUUUUCUUUUUACAUUUAUCAGCAGCUAAUGAAUGCAACAUUUUCUUGAAGCCUUACUUCAGAUAUGCAUCGAAAACUGACUCAUUAAUUUUAAUUACCUGAUGGGAAUCCCAAUUUUAAUGCUGCCAAUUAUUGAAAAAAAAAAAAAACAACAAAAGAAAAACAAACAAAUUUCAAGGACCUGUAUUCAAUCUCUUACAGCCCUACAGUGUUCUGAAAAGUGCCUAUUAAAUUCUGUCAUUAUUUUAAUUUUAAUUUUUUUCAAUAAAAUUUUCUUCAUUGUAAAUUUCGCUUGUAUUCCCAGAGAUUUCUAGUUUAGAAAGUCAAAAUGUAGUGUGGCAGAAAAUAGAGCAAUGAUGCAGAACACUUUUUUGUCAGAAAAGAUGGCGGAAAGAUUGAUAAAUCUGUUGUCAAUGCUAGAAAAUGGCAUAUAUUCAGAAAUGACUGUUAGGGCCCAAAAUACUGUGAUAACAGUCAAACCUACCUUUUUUUAUCAUCCAGGGUGCUUUUUCCCCUUAAGGCAUAAAUCAAAAAGCAAACAGAAACCUACUCCUUUUAGGAGGCUUACUAAACAGAGGUAUUUCAUUUCUAACUGUACUGGCCAACUAAGCUGGUUACCAGUCACAAAACAAUGAUUGAACAGCAUGAUGUUUUUCUUACCACUCUAUGUCUUUGAUCAGCAGUCUAGUGAGAAAAUCUCAGCAGGCUAAAUUGGACUGGGCUGUGUUAAUUAAAGGACCACUAUGGUGCCAGGAAAACAAACUCGUUUUCCUGGCACUGUAGGGUCUUUAGGUUCCCCCCACCCUCAGUGUCCCACUCUCGCUAGGCUGAAGGGGUUAAACACUUACUUUUCUCCAGCGCCGGGUUCCCUUGGCGAUGGGGAACUCUCCUCCUCCCGACGACAGUGCUGAAUGCGCAUGCGUGGAAAGAGCUGCGUGCGCAUUCACACAGUCUAUAGGAAAGCAUUUCUCAAUGCUUUCCUAUGAACGUCCAGUGUCUUCUCACUGUGAUUUUCACAGUGAGAAGCGCGGAAGCGCCUCUUGCGGCUGUCAGUGAGAAACCUGGGGGACCUGGCACCCAGACCACUUCAUUGAGCUGAAGUGGUCUGGGUGUCUAUAGUGGUCCUUUAAAGGGAUACUAUAUUGUUAGGAAUAAAAAUUUGUAUUCCUAACACUAUGGUACUCUCUGCCUCACCCCUCACUCACAGCCCCUUGGCCAAUAAAGGGUUAAAAACCCUUUUUCACUUACCUGAUUCCACCGCUGAUGUCCCUCGGUGCUCCGCCUCCUACAAAGUUAUCCAACGGGGGAUCUAAUUUGCAUGCGCACAAGCGCAUUAGACUGUCUCCAUUGAAAAGCAUUACUUUAAUGCUUUCCUAUUGGGAUUUCACUGACACUGGAUGUCCUCGUGCAGAGCGUGAGGACGUCCACCGUUGUUUGGGUGACACAGAGUCCGGUUAACACCCGGAGGCACCUCUAGUGGCUGUCUGGAAGAAAGUCACUAGAGGCAGACUUAGUUCUGUAAUGUAAACAUUGCAGUUUCUCAAAAACUAAAGGGGACAGGAACAGUGCACCCAGACCACUUCAAUGAGUGUGUCCCUUCAAGUAGCAGCUGAAACUGCUACAAGUAAGUAUUAACCCUAGAACCAGGGAAAACAUGCACUUUUAAUACCCUGGGUUGUGUACAGUUGCAAUCAAAAUGAUUUAACCCCAUGGAAAAUCAGAUUUGUUGUAAAAAUGUACAGACUUUCAGCUGUUUGCAAUGAACAAAUCAAACAAAAGCAAUUGAAAUAGCUCAACACAGCAAAUGCUUCAAGUGGUUUCCCCAAAUUCAACUGAAAAUGCAACUAAUAAUGACUUCUCCAGUCUCAAAAUUAUUCGACCCCUUCAUGGCAAGCAUCUUUAGUACUUAGUAGAGCACCCUUUUGCUGUUAUGAGCUGCUGAAAACAAGAUGCAUAGCCAUACAACAGCUUCUGGCACUGUUACUGAGGAAUCAAAGCCCAAUUGUAAGCCCAUUGCUUAUGAGCGAUGGACUCUAGUUCAGUAAUAUUCUUGGGUUUGCGUGCUGCAACCGCCAUCUUCAAAUCCCACCAGAGAUUUUCUAUGGGGUUUAACUCAGGUGACUGAGAUGGCCACCGUAGAAUUUUAAAGGACUUCAUCUGCAAAGAAGCCUUGAUGGAAUUUGAGGUAUUCUUGGGAUCAUUGUCUUGUUGGAAGGUCCAAUGACACCCAAGCUUCAGCUUCCUCACAGACGGCAUUAUGUUUUCUCCCAGGAUUUUUUUUGAUACUUAAAUUAAUCCAUCUUGCCUUCCAUACCGCACUUAACUGUAGGCCAUAUUUCUAACAUGCAGUCAAACAUGACACUCAACAAACCCCUAGCCAGUUCAGGUAUUUCAAGUGCUCCAAACACACCUGGUGCAACUAAUGAAACCUUUGCUUAGUUGCAUGCAUCAGGUGUGCUUGAGACAGCACUUGUUUUGCAUAUUGUGAGGAAUUCUAUUCAAGGGGUUGAAUCAUUUCGAGACUGGAGAAGUCAUUAUAAGUUGCAUUUUCAGUUGAAUUUGGAGAAAACACUUGAAGCAUUUUGUUGUGUUGAGCUAUUUCAAUUGCUUUUGUUUUAAUUUGUUCAUGGCAAACAGCUAAACGUCUGUACAUUUUAACAAUAAACCUGGUUUUCAAUGAUUUUCAAUGGGGGUUGAAUAACUUUGAUUACAACUGUACCUGACCUUAUUAACCUGUGCCCAGUGACACUGUCACACAACAUAUAAAAACCCAACAGAUUCAGUGAAUUGUUCCCAAAAAUUUCAGAAAAUUAGACAAAUGUCUUCCCGACACUUUUACUGGAACUCAUGGAGAAUAUAUAUAUAUAAAAUUAGUUAGUUUGGUUAUUUGCAAUUGAUGUGUUAUUGCUCAAUGGAUAGUUUGAUUUACUGAUAUAUACUUUAUAUGUUUUUAUUAACAGUAAAAGCCAGAAGUGCACAGCUAGCAAAAAUCAAGUGGGUUGUUAGCAUUGUAUUCUAUGUAAUACAGGUAAGUGAAUUUUGCAUUGUUUUUUUUUAUAUAUUGGUAAUAACUCUGUAAUACUUUUUAUGCAAACAGAUUUAUUGUUAUUACGUUUUUAUCAUAUAUAAUCAAGCCUUAACUUAACUCAGUAAAUGGGCGGAUCAAAUACUUACUUAGCAUAUCCCUUUCUAAUUAGCCCAGCCAUAACUAAUAGGUAUCUGUCCAGUUGUUGCUGACUUACAUGAUCUUCAGCUACCGUUUGGCUGUGCACAUGUUAGCUGGGGAUUACGGGUAUUGUAGUUAAGUAACAGAAAGGUACCACUACUAGCUGAGAGCAUAUGGAUGCUGUAUGGUAUGCACACAUGGUAUUAUUAGCAAGUAUGUCAAUGUGUAGAUUUGACCUACACCCAACUUCUGACUUGAAAGGGGACAGAAUGUGAGUAUGUGUUUAGCCUCACUCCAAGUUUCUUAUUCCCCUCUCCAUUUCCAGACUCUGUUUAUAUUAAAUCCUGUGCUUUCCAAUUACGGGGCCGGUGCUAUCUCUUUUUCUUUGGAUUUCCUAUCCUGGAAUAGAAAGCAUGAUCUGUGCCUCUGAUGCUCCUAGGUAUAAUACUCUAGCUUUGUAGUAAUGUGCUUCAUUUAUUUCCUUGAUAUCUGGAAACAUAAAUUUGAUUUUUUUUGUAUGCUGCUGCUCAGUGACCCCCAUUAAAAUAUGGACCCUAUCACUGGAAAGCGUGGAACAAAUACUAUACUAAACAUAUGUAUUUCAUCCUUUCGGGUGUAACAAACAUCUUGUGUGCUAGUAAUGUGGAUUCUAUUAUUAUUAUUAUUAUUGGCAUUGAUAUACUGCCAACUUAUUCCGUAGUGCUUUACAAUAUUAUAAAUAAGAAAUUUAACAAUAAAUGAGACAAUUACAAAAUGUUACAGGAACAAUAGGUAGUAUGUUGAUUAGGACCCUGUUCUCAAGAGCUUACAGUCUGGUUUUAUGUCAUAUAACAUCUAACCACCAAAACCACUUUAGCUUAAUUGUGUGUUUUUUUGUGUGCAUAGAUCAUUCACUGCUCAAUUAUUUGCUAUUUAGGGAUAAAUCACUUUAUUUCUGCAGCCCUAGGCACACCUCCUUUGGCUUUGACUCACAAAGCCUCCCUAUACACUUCCUGAAAAGACGUGUUCAUUUAGAACCUAUUUUAGCAGCAUGCAUUUGCUAUAGAAGUUAUUUCCUUUGCUAUGUUAAUUGUCAAGUGCAAAGCAGCUGUGGUGUUAAAAGAAAUCUUAGAUAGUUAAAAAAAGAGUAAGACGAUAUAAAAAUUUCUAAUGACCAUUUUCAUGAAAACAUAAAAAAUCUUCGGGACACCAGAAUUUUUUUCAUUUGUAAAACAUGUGCUCUAUAUAGUGUACCGGUAGUUUGUUUUAAGCUGCAUGCUACAACAACAGGUUGGGUGAUAACUGCUAUGCUAAUACGAUUUGUAAACGAAAACAAACACAUCAGACAGCAUUAAAGUGUUGUAAUGUUGCACUAACAAAAUAUGUGUGAAAUCAAAUUGAACAAUUCUAACAUUUUGUUUCAUGGGUGAUAUAACAUGGCUCUUGAAACAGCCUACAUCUUAGCAAUGUGUUUACAGAUCUUGUGAAUGUAAAAUUUAAAAGCAACUGGCUGUACAGCAUAGAGAAAUAUGCUGAAAAGUAAAUCUAGUAAAAUUAAAAUUAACAGUAUCAGAGGGAUCUGUCCUUCGUGAGGGCCACCAUCUUGAUCUGUUGCAUCCUCCUGAGCUUUGAGUACAUCACUAGAGGAUCCUGCAAGACCACUGGAUUCUCAGUAAAGAUAGCCAACUUUUUAGGUUCAAGGUGCCCUUAAUAUUUCAAUAUUUUUCCAAGGCGCCCCAAGUCAAAGUUUCUAGGUCAUAUAUCUGUACAGCGCUGUGGCAUAUGCUGGUGCUAUAAUGUAUGGUGUUUGAAGGGGUGCUUGUAUACAGUUUUAGUGUUUUAGUACAGGGGUGUGUUUGUAUGUAAUGUUUGCAUUUGAUUGCAGAGGUGUGUUUAAGUGUAAUUUUUAAAUGCGGAUGUGCAUUUGUAUGAAGUAUUUGUAUUUGAGUGAAAGGGUGUGCUUGUAUAUCAUUUUGGAGUUUGAAUGCAGGGGUGGGUUUGCAUAUAAUUUGUGUUAGAUUGCAGGAGUGUGUUUGUAUGUUGUUCUGGUGUUUGACUGCUUGGAUGUAUGCACAUACACUACCACAUACAUACAGAUAUACAUGCACAUUAACAUACAGAUACAUAUAUAUACACCAACACAUACAGGGGCGGACUGAGAGCCUUUGGGGCCCCCGGGCAAAAUUAGAUCCCAGGCCCUUUGAAGGCCAAAUAUAUGUGCAUUAAAUAAAUGUUAAAUAUAACUCAUAAAACGGCAUUCCUUUGGAUGUGUAUAUUGCGAAGACCUGUGUAUCAAUGCAUGUUUGUAUUUGAGUCUGUGUGAAUGCACUUGUGCAUGUCUGGAUGACUACAUGUGCUUUUUUGUAUAUAGUGUCUGUGUGAAUGCAUAUGUGACAGGUGACAGAGUGUGUGAGGGAGAAGGUGACAGGUGGAAGAGUGUGGGAGGUUGUGACAGGUGGCAGAGUGAGGGGGUACCUGGUGGCAGAGUGAGGGAGGGAGGGGUUGAGUGGUGGCAGAGUGAGGGGGAGACACAGUGAGUGGGGGUGACUGGUGACAGAGUGAGGGAGUGGGUGACUAGUGACAGAGGGAUGGAGAGGGGGUGACUAGUGACAGAGUUAGGGAAUGGGUGACUAGUGGCAGAGUGAGGGAGGAAAGAGAUGACUAGUGGCAAAGUGAGGGAGGGAAGAGGUGACUAGUGACAGAGUGAGGGGAUGACUGGUGACAGAGUGAGGUAGUGACUAGUGACAGAGUGAGGGAGGGGGUGACUGUCACUAGUCACCCCAUCCCUCUCUCUGUCACUAGUAACUCCCUCCCUAACUCUGUCACUGUGUCACCCGCUCCCUCACUCUGUCACUAGUCACCCCCUCACUCACUCUGUCACUAAUCACCCCCUCUGUGCCUAGUCACCCCCUUCCUCACUCUGUCAAUAGUCACCCCAUUCCUCUCUCUGUCACUAGUCACCCCAUCCCUCUCUCUGUCACUAGUCUCUCCCUCCCUAACUCUGUCACUGUGAAGGAAGGGGUGACUGGUGACAGAGUGAGGGGAUGACUGGUGACAGAGUGAGGGAAGGGAUGACUAGUGGCAGAGUGAGGGAAGGAAGGGAUGACUGGUGACAGAGUGAGGGAAUGACUGGUGACAGAGUGAGAGAGGGGGUGACUAGUGACAGAGUGGGUGACUAGUGACAGAGUGAGAGAGGGGGUGACUAGUGACAGAGUGAGGGAGGGAGUGGGUGACUAGUGAGAGUGAGGAAGGGGGUGACACAGUGAGGAAGGGGGUGACACAGUGACAGAGUGAGGGAGGGGGUGACUAGUGACAGAGUGAAGGAGGUGGUGACUGUCACUAGUCACCCCAUCCCUCCCUCUGUCACUAAUCACCACCUCCCUCACUCUGUCACUAGUCACCCCUUCCCUCCCUCACUCUGUCACUAGUCACCCCCUCCCUCUCUCUGUCACUAGUCACCCCCACCCUCUCUCUGUCACUAGUCACACCCUCUCUCACUCUGUCACUAAUCACACCCUCCCUCACUGUCACUAGUCACACCCUUCCUCACUGUCACUAGUCACACCCUCCCUCUCUGUCACUAGAGUGAGGGGGUGACUAGUGACAGAGUGAGGGAAAGGGUGACUAGUGGCAGAGUGAGGGAAAGGGUGACUAGUGGCAGAGUGAGGGAAGGAAGGGGUUACUAGUGACAGAGUGAGGGGAUGACUGAUGACAGAGGGAGGGAGGGAGUGGGUGACCAGUGACAGAGGGAGGGAGGGAGUGGGUGACUAGUGACAGAGGGAGGGGGUGACACAGUGACAGAGUGAGGGAGGUGGUGACUGUCACUAGUCACCACCUCCCUCACUCUGUCCCUAGUCACCCCCUUCCUCACUGUCACUAGUCACCCCUUCCCUCCCUAACUCUGUCACUAGUCAACCCCUCCCUCAAUCUGUCACUAGACACACCCUCCCUCACUCUGUCACUAGAGUGAGGGGGUGACUAGUGGCAGAGUGAGGGAAGGAAGGGGUGACUAGUGACAGAGUGAGGGAGGUGGUGACUGUCACUAGUCACCACCUCCCUCACUCUGUCACUAGUCACCACCUCCCUCUGUCAAUACUCCUUCCCUCCUUCUGUCACUAGUCACCCCCUCCGUCCCUUACUCUGUCACUAGUCACCCCCUCCCUCACUCGGUCACCAGUCAUCCCCUCCCUCUGUCACCUGUUACGCUCUCACUCUGUCACUAGUCACCCCCUCACUUUAGUGACAGAGUGAGGGAGGGUGGGACUAGUGACAGAGAGAGGGAGGGGGUAACUAGUGACAGUAAGGAAGGGGAUGACUAGUGACAGUAAGGAAGGGGGUGACUAGUGACAGAGUGAGGGAGGGGGUGACUAGUGACAGAGUGAGGGAGGGGGUGACACAAUGACAGAGUGAGGGAGGGGGUGACAAGUGACAGAGUGAAGGAGGUGGUGACUGUCACUAGUCACCCCAUCCCUCCCUCUGUCACUAAUCACAACCUCUCUCACUCUGUCACUAGUCACCCCUUCCCUCCCUCACUCUGUCACUAGUCACCCCCUCCCUCUCUCUGUCACUAGUCACACCCUCCCUCACUCUGUCACUAGUCACACCCUCCCUCACUCUGUCACUAGAGUGAGGGGGUGACAGGUGACAGAGUGAGGGAAGGGGUGACUAGUGACAGAGUGAGGGAGGUGGUGACUGUCACUAGUCACCACCUCCCUCACUCUGUCCUUAGUCACUCCUCCCUCUGUCCCUAGUCACCCCCUCCCUCUCUGUGUCACUAGUCACACCCUCCCUCACUCUGUCACUAGAGUGAGGGGGUGACAGAGUGAGGGAAGGGGUGACUAGUGGCAGAGUGAGGGAAGGAAAGGAAGGGGUGACAGAGUGAGGAAGGGGGUGACACGUGACAGAGUGAAGGAGGUGGUGACUGUCACUAGUCACCCCAUCCCUCCCUCUGUCACUAAUCACCACCUCCCUCACUCUGUCACUAGUCACCCCCUCCCUCUCUCUGUCACUAGUCACACCCUCCUUCACUCUGUCACUAGUCACCCCCUCCCUCACUCUGUCACUAGAGGGGAUGACUGGUGACAGAGUGAGGGAGGUGGUGACUAGUGACAGAGAGAGGGAGGUGGUGACUGUCACUCUGUCCCUAGUCACCCCUCCCUCUGUCACUAGUCACCCCCUUCCUCACUCUGUCACUAGUCACCCCUUCCCUCCCUAACUCUGUCACUAGUCACCACUUCCCUCCCUCACUCUGUCACUAGUCACCCCCUCCCUCACUCUGUCACUAGAGUGAGGGGGGUGACUAGUGACAGAGUGAGGGAAGGGGUGAUUAGUGGCAGAGCGAGGGAGGUGGUGACUUGACUGUCACUAGUCACCACCUCCCUCUGUCACUACUCCCUCCCUCCUUCUGUCACUAGUCACCCCCUCCGUCCCUUACUCUGUUACUAGUCACCCCCUCCCUCACUCGGUCACCAGUCAUCCCCUCCCUUUGUCACCAGUCACCCCUUCCUUCCCUCACUCUGCCACUAGUCACCCCUUCCCUCACUCUGUCACCAGUCAUUCCCUCACUCUAGUGACAGAGUGAGGGAGAGGGUGACUAGUGACAGAAUGAGGUAGUGAUUAGUGACAGAGUGAGGGAGGGAAUGGGUGACUAGUGACAGAGUGAGGGAGGGGUGACUAGUGACAGGGGAGGGUGACUAGUGAGGGAGGGUGUGACUAGUGACAGAAUGAGGUAGGGGGUGAUGGUCACUAGUCACCUCAUCCCUCCCUCUGUCACUAGUCACCCACUCCCGCACUCUGUCACUAGUCACCCCCUCCCGCACUCUGUCACUGUGUCACCCCAUCCCUCCCUCUGUCACCCCAUCCCUCCCUCUGUCACUGUGUCACCCCAUCCCUCCCUCUGUCACUAGUCAUCCCCUCCUUCACUCUGUCACCAGUCACCCCCUCCCUCUGUCACUAGUCACCCUCUCCCUCACUCUGUCUAGAGUGAGUGGGUGACUAGUGACAGAGUGAGGGAGGGAAGGGGUGACAGAGUGAGUGAGGGAAGGGGUGUCUAGUGACAGAGUGAGGGAGGGGGUUAGUAGUGACACAGUGGGGGGGAUGCCUAGCGACACAGUGGGGGGAUGCCUAGUGACACAGUGGGGGGAUGCCUAGUGACACAGUGAGGGGGGUGACUAGUGACACAGUGAGGGGGGUGACCAGUGACACAGUGAGGGGGGUGACCAGUGAAACAGUACGGGGUGACUAGUGACAGUGGGGGUGACUAGCGACAGUGAGAGGUGACUAGCAACAGAGUGAGGAGGGGUGACUAGUGACACGGGGGGGUGACUAGUGACAGUGGGGGGGUGACUAGUGACAGUGGGGGGAGGUGACUAGUGACAGUGGGGGGGGGUGACUAGUGACAGUGGGGGGUGACUAGUGACAGUGGGGGGUGAUUAGUAACAGUGGGGGGUGAUUAGUGGGGGGAGGGUGAUUGCUGACAGUGGGGGAGGGUGAUUGAGUGACAGUGGGGGGUGACAGUGGAGGGUGCGAUUGGUGACGGGGGAGGGUGAUUGGUGACGGGGGGUGACUGGUGACGGUGAGGGGUGAUUGGUGACAGUGGGGGGAGGGUGAUUGGUAAUGGGGGUGACAGUGCUGGGGAGGGGUGAUUGGUGACAGUGGGGGGUGAUUAGUGACAGUGGGGGGUGACGGUGGGAGGGUGAUUAGUGACAGUGGGGGGGUGACUAGUGACAAUGAGGGGGGGUGAUUAGUGACAGGGAGGGGGAGGGGAGGGUGACUAAAGCCUACCUGUCUAUCUGCUUCCUCUUCUGCUCUCCCUGGCUGCUGCUCCUUCCCCUCAUCGAGCUCUGUGUGUGAGAGGAGAGUACAGGAAGUGAUGUCACUUCCUGGCCCCGCCUCUCCUAUCACACAGAGCACCGCGCGGGAGAAGGAGAAGGAGACCUGGCAGAGAGCUGGAGAAGCUGCCAGGUCUCAUGGAAGGGAGGGGGGGUGGUGGUUGCUGGGGCCCCGCGCUGCAUCAGGGGCCCUAGCAACCCAUUGAAGGAAAUUAUUAUUAUUUUUUUUUUUUUUGCUGUUCCAGUUGGAGAGAUCUCUGAUCUCUCCAGCUGGAGCAUGGCUGUGCGGCCGGGCCCCUGACUGCCUCGGGCCCUCGGUCCAUGACCGAUAUGCCCGAGUGGUCAGUCCGCCCCUGAACACAUACACACACAUAGAUACACACACUAGCUGGCACAUACACACAUACAUCGACAUAUACACACAAAAAUGCAUACUCAGACACACAGAUACAUGCACCCUGACACACACAAACACUGACACAUGCACAUACCAUGACACAGAUACACACACUGACAUAAAACCACACACCCUGACACACUGAUGCACCCUCUAACACACAGAUGCACAUACACCGAUGCACAUCCUGACACACAGAUGUGUGCUCAUACAGAUAACACACAGAAACACACUGACAUAUAUACACACACACGUGCACACACACUCACAAUCUGACAUAAACAAAUGCAGGUGAUGUUUUUUAUAUCUGCAGCCACCCUCCUGUUAGCUUAACUUGGGUGGCUUGAUUGGAGUCUGGUCCUGCUGCUGGGUGAAUUGAGUGAGGGGUCUGGAGCAGCUCUUCGUGCUCCUCUACCCUCAUGCUGCCUCUGUAGCUGCCUCCUCUCCCUCCCGCUGUCUCCCUGCAUGAAGAUGGGAGGAAGUGACAAGCUGUCACUCCCUCCUAGCCUGCCGACACUACAGAAUCCAGUCGCGGUCUUAAAAGGCUAUGGCACCCGACCAGGCCACUGUUCAGCAGCAAUGUUUCCAGGUGCUAUAAUAAUAAUAAAAAAGGUGUAACCCUUUAUAUGUGAAAUUCUGUUUGAAUUCACUUUGAAUUUUCGCUUUAGUAAAUAACCCUUACAUCACAUUGUCCCUAAAAAGUUCUAUAAAGAAGAUGGUUUUGCGGAAAUCAACAAGUCCGCCCUAUUUUUCUUCUGGAUACAUUGCGGUAACAGCAGGCUGGAGGUCCCCACAGGCAUGCGAAUACUGAACAGCCAACCUUUGCGAUAGCAUGUCUUUCACGGGCAGCUAUAGUCGGCAUUUUCAGAUAUAACGAUAAUAGCGGCAUGUACCAUUCUGUUUCUGUUCAUACUUGAGGCUUCCAGUAACAGCUUUAUAUGUCAGUGAGACUCCUUAGUACUGCUUGACUGGCUGUACCAUUAGUGACCGAUUAUCCCUGGCUGCAGCAAUGUGUGACGAGAUUAACUGUUACUGGCCUACCACCAGGGGAAGAGUUGGGGGUGAUAGGUUUAAAACUGUAAUUCACGCCUUGCAGUAUACCUUCCAAAUAUUAAUUAACAUCCUAGACAUAUUUGGAAUUAUCAAUCAGACCUAAGGAUGUGCAUGGGCAGAAAAUUUGGUUCGAGCGGCACUUCCGAAAUUCGGGACCUCAGCACUUCGGUUCGCUUCUGGACUUUGGCAAUUUGGGACUUUAGCAAUUCCCUGACCAUAACCCUACUCCUAACCCUACCCCUGUCAUCAUUCACGUAAUUUUCCCUCCCUCUCUUGUUUUGCCACUUUUCAGCACUUCGGAAAUUCGGCACUUCGGACAUUCGGAAGCAUCCAAAUGUCCAAAUUGCCCGAAAGUUGUCCGAAUUCACAUUCGGACUGAAACAAAUUUCACAUGUCUAAUCAGAACUAAUAAUCCAAUCUGUUUUUUUGAGUUAUUUUACUUUAGUUGUACUUGCAAAGAAAUGAAAACACGUUUUUUCGCCUCUAUUUUUUAAUACGGAAUAUUGUGUUCUAGAUGCAUACAAUGUAUCUGAAAAAAAAGCUCUAAAAGCUACUUUUAAAAACUAUAUUAUGUAUGAGUGAACUGUAAGAGAAUGCUUCAUAUUGUGGUGGAAUGAACAUGUAGCAAAAUUGCCAAAAAAUCUUCAGUCACAAAUGCAUGUUUAGGCAUAGCCCCGGUCAAUAUUAUAUGGGAUACUACGUUUAAGGUGCGUAUGUGUGUGUCACACCAGUUAUGCAGCAAAUCACUGUGAGAGCUCAGCGCUCUCAAAAGUGAGCCUGUAUAUAUGAUGUCUCUUAAAUUCUGUCUCUUACCAUUGAUAAUUAUUUAUGAUCACAUUGUUGUUAUACCCAAGUCUUAAGAAAACGUUAUUGCAUUGGAAGUGAAAACCAAUGUCCAUUUUAAGAAGAACAAUGUCUGUUUGUGCGCAAUGACAUGCCAUUCAUUGCCUAAGCUUCAGCCUUUAAGAGGUUAAUAUUGUAUGAAUCAAAACAAGCAUUUAAGGGCACGGUAAGAAUUAACAGUAGCUUGAAGAGAAGCUAUCUCAUAAUAGCUCAGCUGGGGGAGCUGGUCAUCAGCUUGUUCAAUGCUUGUUGCUGAAACACUUUUGUUUUACAGUGAAAUAUAAGGUAAUUAAAUAUUUGUCAAGAUUAACCAAAUUGUAAUAUUUUUAGGCUUCCCCCUGCUUUUAGAUCAGGGGUAGGCAACCUUUGGCACUCCAGGUGUUUUCAACUACAUCUCCCAUAAUGCUCUCACAGCCAAAAUGCUGGCAAAGCAUCAAGUAAGAUGUAGUCCACAACAUCUGUACUAGAUUAUCCCUCUUACUUACCUACCAAGUGUCCCAAUAUCCGAGGUAAAGUCCCUAGUCUGGGCCCAUAUCCCUCUUUUCUAUCCUAAUGUUACUCUUUUUUUAGUAACAAAGUAUUCUUGGUGUGUCUGAAUGUAUAACAGAGCUUCACAGCAAUAAUGCAGUAAUGUGUCUUUAAAUUACAAUAAAUAUAUUUAGAAACCUGUUUAUGCAAAUAAGACACAAUGUUCUUGUUGUAAAUGACAUUUUAGUUGAACAAAUUGUUAGUGGUAAGUCACCUAACACUUCUGAGAACAGCUCCGCUCAGAACACACUUUUAAAAUGUUAGUGUCCCUCUUUGUCCAUUUAAAAUGCUGGGAGAUAUAGUGUGUCAUAUGUGGAGGAAUAAAAUAGCUGAAUUUUGUCAGGUUAAUCAGACUUAUUUUAAUCCUCUCAGUGUUAUGGAGUUCCACAACACGUUAUUGCUGCUGUUAAUGCUAUUCAGUAUUGGCGGUUAGUGAUCCAGAGUCUUCUAUACCUGUGUCUCAACUCUGAUAACCACGUCACUGUAUGUGACAUGAAGGGUUUGGAAUGUGGGCAUGUUCAGGAUGGUGGAUGUUGGUGGAGAGGGAUGUUGGUGGAUAUAUGAGCAGCCACUGACAUGUGAUGUGAAUAACACUGAUUAUAAUGUUACAAUGGCACCAGUCAAGAGGUGGGAUAUAUAUAAUAGGCAGCAAAUGAAAAGUCAGUUCUUGAAUUCUAUGUGCUGGAAGCAGAAAAAAUGGGCAAGCAAAUAGAUCUGAGUGACUUUGACAAGGGUCAGAUAGUGAUAGCUAGAUGACGCAGUCAAAGCAUCUUCAAAGCAGAAAGUCUUGCGGCGUGUUCCUGGUAUGUGGUUUAGGAUCUACCAAAAGUGGGACAUGGAAGGACAAAUGAUGAACCAGAGUCAGGGACGCCCAAGGUUUAUUAAUGCACGUGUAGAGCAAAGGCUGGCUGGUCUGAUCUGAUCACAGAGAAGAGGUACUGUAACUCAAAUUGCUGUAUAAUAGUGUCCAUAAUAGGAAGGUGUCGUAACACUCAGUACAUCGCAGGUUAUUGUGUAUGGGGCUGUGUAGCUGCAGAGCGGUAAGAGUGCCCAUGUUGAAUUCUGUCCACCACCAAAAGUGUCUUCAAUGUGAACGUGAGCGCCAGAACUGGACCAUGCAGCAAUAAGGUUGCCUGGUCUGACGAAUCACGUUUUCUUUCAUAUAAGGCAGACGGCCAGAUGCGUGGGUCUCAUUUACCAAGGAAAAAAGGCAGGUUGGCGGAGGCAAUGUUAUGGGUCAAUGUUCUCCUGGGAACCCUUGGGUCCUGGCAUUCAUGUGAAUGUUACUUUGACACAUACCACCUACCUAGAGAUUGUUGCAAACCUCAUAUACGCCUUCAUGGUAAUGGCACACUGACACACUGAGAGCAAGUGUGUCAAAUGGUUCGCUUCCGCUACACUUUUUGGGCAUGGGUGGGUGAGGCAUGCCUAGUCUCACCUUCCCUGUAGGGUCUCCUGAAUGGCCCUGGAAUCCAGGAAGAGGGAGGCACGAUUGUAUUGUAGUAAGUGGCAGCAUAAACUCUCUCAUAAUUUUGUUUCCCAGAUCUUGUCCAGAUACGUUACUACGAUAACCUCCAUUCAUAAAUGAUGGAUUUUUUUUGAGCUAGAGAAGCAGCUUCUACUAUUGUUUACAAAUAGUUUAAUUAAUGGUUUACAUGAAUGAAGGCAGUUAAUACUGGAUUUCAAUACAAUUCUUGAUAGCUGUGGGGUAUGCUAACAUCUGUCACAGAGAGCUGCUGGAACGCCAUGAUUGUCUUGGUCAGUUCCUGGUCUGGUUAGAUCUCACAUCUGUGAUGGAAGGUAUGCUAUGAUGGUAAAUACAAUGUAAAUCUAGAAUGAAAUGUAAAAUCUAAAGCAAUUUAUUUCAGUAUGAGUCUAAGGAUCCCUCAAAGCUGGCUUAACAGCAUUGAAAAUGUAUUUAAAAAAAUAUACAGGGUGAGCCAUUUAGUGUACAAUGUUCAAUGUAUUAUAGCCUGAUGAUGUUGUUUUUUUUAAUUGGUGUCUUGACAAUUUAUUCACUGGUGCCAAUAUCAAAAUAUACUCAAUAGGAAACAAUAGAAUGUGAGACAUAAUUUUAUCUUUAAAAUAUGGAGUGGCUGUUUGUCAACGGACAUUUUUUUUGGGAGGGACAGGGGGAGAUUAUGUGAUAAAACGUAUUCCUAUGGUCUGUCUAGAAGUACGAUACAAGUGUAGCUUACAUUACAUGUACAAAGUAAUUAUAGAACUGCUGAAAAAAAUAAUGGUAAAAAAAAAAGACCCCAGCACGGUUCUCUCACACAUAAAUAAAUAAUAAAAAUAGUAAAUUGGAUUGUUUUUCUAAAUUCUAUAAUUAAUCAAGGGAGGCCCUCUCCUUCCAUUCUGUGUUCAGUGGGGUAGAGGGAAGGUAUGGGCUAGUGAUAGGGUGGUGGAUAAUUUAUAAAUGAAUAUGGGCCUGGAAAAUACACUGCUCUUCUUCCACUCAUUGUUCAGCCUCACCUUGUGGUAUUUGCAGUAGUUGCUUUCUGAUAAAUACGGAAGUGCCGUUCGGCGGUGAUGCGGCAAUAUCUCUGACUCCUGUGACAUCUUGGUGGCUGCUGGCCACUGCGGAUCCACACCAAUAUGUAGCCCAACGUCCUCCCACACUACUGACAACGUCAACGUGCGUGUGACGUCACCUAAAGGACGCGUACGCACGUUCUGGGGUCAAAGGCCGGGUACGGCCAAUCGGAUCUGAAGGAGGCUUAUUUAAACUUAUUUUUUCCUUUUACUCCUUGCCCUGUCGUGGUUUCCCUGUGGUUAUUAACUUUGGCUUCGUUUGACUUCCCUGUAUUCUGGUAUCCCUGACUUUUGUCUCUCUCUUAUCGUUGUGUCCCAUUCUGUGUCCCUGACCUCGACAAGUAUUCUGACUAUUCUUUGGUACGUUAAGUCCUGCCAUUCUAAGGCCCGGUAAGACGUUACCUUCUAGUCCUAGGUGUGAUACAGUUCUACGUGCGGGAUUAAUGAGUAAUCCUGACAUUGGGCAUGACAAAUUGUCAGUCCUAAUAGCUUCCAGUCCUUAUAAAACCUCUACCCACUUUCCUAUAUGCAGGACUAGUCUCCUAGUUCAGAAGUGUUAACCCCAACUCCCCACCAGAUAACAGGAAUCCCUAAACUCCUAGCCACCAAUUUACCUAAGUACACUACCUACCUGAUGUUCUAACUUAUUAAAAUAAAUCUCUAAAACAUACACUAUGGUCACCCAGACCCCUAAGGGCACUCUCCCUGCCCCCCUAAUCCUGCAGCUGAAUACAUUGCUGUUAUAGAGAAACUGCAAUGUUUUCAUUGCCGUGGUAAAAUUGCCAGACAGCCACUAGAGGCGCUUCCUGCUGUUUCACGGUGUCUCCAUGAAACAGAGAUGACACGAAUCGGCGCUGGAAUCAGGUAAGUAUUUAAAAUGUUUUUUAACCCCUUGAUUCCCCAGGGAGCAGCCACGGAGGCAGGGAGACACUGUAUUGUUAGGGAUACAGCUAUGUGUUCCUUAAAGGGACACUAUAGUGACCAUAACAACUACAGCUUAAUGUAGUUGUUCUGGUGAGUAUAAUGGCUCCCUUCAGGCACUAUCAUGUAAACACUGCCUUUUCAGGAAAAAAAGGCAGUGUUUACAUUGCCCCUAGGGACACCUCCAAGUGGCCACUCCUUAGAUCGCCACUGGAGGGGCUUGCACAGUAAGCAGCCCUUCCGUUCAGCGUCCCCACGCUCUGCGUGGAGGCGCUGAAUUUUCCUCAUAGAGAUGCAUUGAUUCAGUGCAUCUCUAUGAGGAGGUCCUGACUGGCCAAAACGGAAUUUGGCCCUGCCCCGUGCCGAUUUUAGCCAUUGGUUUGACACUAAAAUCAGGGUCACAUGUGGGCGUCUGUGGUUCUGCUCCCCGCUGGAGGCUUAGUUAUGGCAGAGUGUAACUCCACGUUAAUCAUACCAAUACACUCCCUAAGGGAAAGAAUGGAAUUGGCUAAAAAUCGCCCAUUUUGAUGAUGUCACAAAGGGGCGGAGCCGGUGCUGGAAAUAAGUUGAGUUUUAAACUUUUAUAGGUGGGUGAGGGGUGGGGGGCAACCACCUAAAUGGUUGGUUUAGCACUAUAGGAUCAGGAAUACAUGUUUGUUUUCCUGACCCUAUAGUGAUCCUUUAAAGUACAUUUCAUACUUUGCCCACCGAAAUCUUGUUUGAAGAGCUAUUGUCUUCAGGGUGAUGAACUAAUAACAAUAUGGCAACAGUUUCUGGAACUUCAUCGUUAUCUUGUACUAAGCAUGGUCCGUACAAAUAUUUAUUUUGUUUUGAUUUUAAUAUGAAACAUGAAGACGUACUACAAGACAAUUUAUACUGAAACAUUUUUUUUUCUACAUCUGUAAUGCCUCCCCAGAGUGGAGACUGUUACAACAGGGAGCAAGGGAAUAACGAGGCCUUAUGAGAAAAAUGUAAAAACAUGAUUUACUCUCCACUUACAGAUCAAGGACUAAAUUUUUUUGCAUGUAAAGAAGAGACAGUUUGUUGCAGAGUAAAGCUUUUGCUACUCUCUUUAUUGAGGACUGUAUUUGUAUCUGCACACACCUCUUUCCACAUAACAUCACUGGUAAUAUUUUCAAUGAACGUGGUUGUUAUGGAAAGUAAUUGUAAGAACUGUCAGCCGUACCCAGUAUGUUGGGGCGUGAACACACCACUGAUGUAAUAUAUAUAUAUAAACAUAACAUAAACUGCAUUGAAUAGAAUGAAGGUGAAAUUUAAUUUAUUCUUAUAACAGGAAAUACCGUAGCUAUUUUACAGCAAAUAUAUGUAAUAUAACCUGUGAACUCUAAAUACAAAUACCCAGGUGAUAUCUAGAGCGAAUAUACACUGUCUGGACAUAACUACUGAGUUUGUGAAACAUCUUACUUAUAUAAUCACUUCAUCUCAUUGCCUGGAGUCUCUUGGCACCAUUCCAUUGUUCAUUGGUAAGCCAUUUCCAAAUGGUUUGACACUAAAAUCAGGGUCCCAUGUGGGCGCCUGUGGUUCUGCUCUCCGCUGGAUGCUUAGUUAUGGCAGAGUGUAACUCCACGUUAAUCAUACCAAUACACUCCAGGGAUGGGCAGCCGUAAAAGGCUGAGAGUACUAUCUCACUCACAGUCAGUCAUUGCUUUGGGUUAUAUUGUAAUAGUGGAUCAGUAUUACAGCUUACUCUGUUCCUCGGCUCUGGGAAAAAAAUAAGUAAAAUCAUUCAUUUUAUAUGGCAAACGGGGAGGACAUAUGUUUAAAUAGGGACAGGGAUACUAAAGCGUUAACAAUACUCUUAUGUAUUCCUAAUACUUUAGUGUUCCUUUAGACCCUUCCGAAACAGAAGGGUGCCUAGAGUGCGCCUAGCAAAAACAAAAAUCCCACAAGUGCAAGUGGCAGUUCCUGUUCAGUCUUUUUUUUAUUGUUAAACUGAUUAUUGUUUCAGUCUGCUGUUGAGAAGCAUAUUGAGAUUCCUACGCAUUCCAAAUACACCUCUGUGAUAAAUAAAGGUGCUCAACCGCUGCCUGGUGCGUACAGACAAAACUCUGCGAUCCGGAAACCACAAGUGUAAAACAUGCCACCAACAACAAUAUUAUUCCCACCAUCAAAGAGCUCUGACAAAUUAACUUAAACUAGUUUACAUUAGUGAGUCAGAAAUCAGCCCAGUGCAACUUACUAGCAAAGCUUACUGUUAUAGUAUCUAUGCCCCUCUCACCCAGGAAGAAUUCUUAUUCUAUCCUUUUAUAUCAUAGUCUGCUUUUUAUACUAAACCUACACAUUUUUGCUUUUCCUGCACUAUAAACAUUUCACUCAUCCUUUUUUAUUUUCAUACAAUUUCAUCAGCAUUGUAUGCUUUGUAAAUGAGCGUGUAUGAAAAUCAACUGGUAAUCUGCCUAUAGAUAUUUGAAUCAGAGUGUAAAAAAAAAAUGGAACAGGUAACUUGAUCUGUACCGUACUCAUUCCUGGACUCUACACUCCUGCCACACCCAGUACACUCUUUAUAGCGGGUGGGUAAAGCACAUAUUCCUUCGCUGAAGCCUAUGCCCAGACAUCUGCCCCUCCCUAAUGUUAAAGAAUUCAUGCAUAAAAGGCAUUGGGACGGUUGAAAUUCUUUGCCUGUGGCAAGAUAUGACUUACAAAACAACAUUUCAGAUUUUUUUUUUUAACCUCUUCUUCUUGUUAUUGACAUGUUUUAGGCAUUUCAUUUUGAGUUUUGGUUUCUUGAGAUCCCCAUUGAUGAAUCUGCACACCUGCAUCUUAAAUUUCAGUUCUAUCAUUUGCAUCUAAUUCUUUGUUUUGGCAGGGGAGCUUACAAUUUACGGCCAUACCAGUAGAUUAAAUUGCAUGAUUGUGCACAGAUACUCUUUUGCAUUACGUUUAGAUUUUGUGAAUAUAUUUUAUUAUAAUUAUUUUGUCUCCUUGUAAUCAUCUUUUCUUAAACAUAAAUAUAAAAAAUUAAGACAGCCAUAUUGUGAUGGGCAAUUAUAUCACAUCAAUGUGGCAAAUGUAUAUUUUUAAUAUACUAAAAAUUAACAUUUUUAAUAUACUAAAUAAGAUUAGGUUGCAUAUUGUUUCUUUCAUAAAUAACAUUUACCAUGGUAAGUAUAGAUAUAAUGACAGUGGCUGCUCCAGUACUUUAUACAUAUAUAUAUAUAUAUACACAAACAAACAAAAAAUAAAAUAAAUCUUUAAUCUAAAAUGUACUCAGGAAUUCCUGCCUCUAUCAGUCUUCCAGGUGGAUAUUUUAUUUAGAAAAUUGGGCAGACUAGAUGGGCCGAAUAUUUCCUUUCUGCUGUCACAUUCUAUGUCUCUAAAUGUCAUGUGUUUAUGAGUCUUUGGUAAAUUGUGAAUGUUGGGGAUUAUUGUAUUUUUUUUAGUUAGAUGUGGUUUUUAAUCUCCAUCAAUAAUGCCAGCUGUUAAUGCCCAAUCCACCCCAUGUGCAAACUUAGCUUGUAUAUCUUUAGUUGCACCUCCCAGUUGAAGGCUGUAAGACAAAUGCCAUAUAACCAGGUAAUUUCAACACAAUCGGUGCUCUCUUUUGCCUGCUGGCUUUAUAGUAAUUGCUUUAUUUAUGCUUUAAGCCUGACAAGGCAUCACAUUCCUCCUAUGUCAUAUUGAUGGAGCACCUGGUAGAAUGAUCAUGUUCAAAAUGUUGUAGUUUGUUUCUAUUAAUCAAAGUCAUGUAUAUUUCUACUGCAUAAUCUGCUUUAUGUGAUGAAAUGAAACGUUUGAAAACAUUCUUCCCAUAAGUCUCUUCUUGGACAUAUUGCAUAUAUUGUAUAUUGGUAACCUCUGAUAUAUCAUCCCCCUUAUUAAAAAAAAAUUAAUAUGAAAAGUUAUUUUCUAUGAAAUGUGAACCAAUUUCUUAAUUUAAGAUUUUGUUACUUUAUUGCAAGGGCAAAGUCCUUGAGAGUCAAAAUGUUGACUAUACUUCUUUAUUUGGACAGUGCUACCCUCAGGGGUGGUUUCUGUUUACUUUAUGCCUUUGUCAUCCACUUUUUUUUUUUGUGAUCUCUUCUUAAGAGUCCUGAUCCAAUCCUAAAAAAAGAAGUGUAGUCUUCUCGCUCUUGUUGAAAUGUUCGCUAUUUACUUGACUCCACUUUCUCGUAGAAAGUCUCCAUAGUUCAGAAAAAAUCUCUAAGCAUAGUGCAGUCAUCUCUGGACCAUACAGGAUAGGAACCUGUGUUGAACAGUUGGAGAAAGUUUUAUGUCAUCUUUUAACAUCACCCAUUUUGUGCCAGUCAAAUUUAGAGCAGUUCGGCUCAUAGGAUAGUGGAACAGUUCUCUAAAGUGAUAACAGCGACCUGUCUAUACAUAACCUGGUUCACUAUUUAGUAAACUAAGCUAGGCUCUUUUUAAAUGCCCAAGCAGGACAAAACUGAUCACAUGAUCCUGGAAAUAAACAUUCCAACUGAUUUAUUUAUAGCUACAAGGAUUUGAAGAAUUCACAACAAUUCUAAGCCACUUUCAGAGCGGAGAGUGAUUCUUUCGACAAUCAACUUUGCAAAUAUGAUAAGUUGUGAUGGUGCUUAGAAUAUUAAAUCUUUUUUUUCUUAAAUACCUAUAUAGCGUUGAAAAUAUACUUGGAUUUUCAAAAUUUACUUCAUAAGGUGACCCUGGCAGCCAGGAGGGCCCUGGCCCAGGUGUGGCUACAGGGAGAGACUCCCCCUCUUGAUGUGGUGAUACAAAAGAUUAAGGACACGUACAUCAUGGACGAGUUAACUGCUCGGGUCCGGGGCACUAGGAAGAAAAUGGAAAAGAUUUGGGGCCCGUGGAUAGAUAGCAGGGUGGGCGAUUAGGGGGAAAGGGGACGGGUUCGUCUCCCGCUUACCCUGACGCGCCUCUACAGACGCUGGGAUGGAUUGUAAUUUUCUAUCUCCCAUCUGUAGCGGGACCCUUGGGAUCCCACCGAGACGUCCAUGGUCUAUAGUGUUCCUCUCGGGCACGGAGGUCCUUGCCUAAAACUUACCGGCUUGUAGCUGCCCGGCUGCCUGGUCGGGCCGGCAUCAUCACUAUUUUCGGAAUAUCACCAUGAUACCCCCUCCCAUUCCCACUCCCUCUCCCUAUUCUCUUCUACUCUCAUGGUACUUUCCAUCCAGUUAAUCUACACUUUUUCUACUUUAUUUAAACUCUUUUCCUUAUUUUUUCAUGCAGUCUGACUGCCGUCCAGUGACCAUUUGGCCAACUAGAGCCUUAUUGGGGGUGGGGGGGCGGGUUGCGGGGCGAUUAUAGGCGGAUCGCUAGUAAACUGGUAUUACACAACUGUUAACCUUGUACGUUAGGUCUGUGUUCGGUAACCUGGCUAAACUCCUAAGGGAUUUUAGAGGUCACUGUUGAAAGAUAACGCGAAAUACCAUCAUACGCUACAUGGGCAGUCAGGAAUAUUUGUAUUACUUAAUAUAAAAUAGGUGGGAUGCCGCAGUAACCAGACUUUUAUAGACGGCAGACAUAAGUUGGAUUCGAUGCAUGUGAUUGGUUGUAAGAUCAUCUAAUAAUGAUUGCUCUUAACUAAUGCCGUCUAUUGACUGUGAUACUGUUCAUUUUUUGCAUCAUUUUGAAUAUAUUACUGUGGUGUCUGAUCUUGUUAUAAAUAAAGGAUUUCAAAAAAAAGAAAAUAUACUUGGAUUUUAUGUUUUUUUAAAGGUUUGUUUUCUUUUUCAACGUAUGUUGAAUAACUUAGCUCCCCUUUACAUUCUUCGAUGGAUUUGCAUUACAAACCCCUGGGCAAAGGCAGGACCAGUUUAUGGCACAUGUGGGUUGGGUCAUGUGUAAACUUGUGUUUUCACCUAUAAUGCAAAACCAAAAUAUUUAAAAUUUUUCCAAAAAUGUAGAAUUAGGAUAAAUAGAUAGACUAAACUAGUUUCUCAGUGUGAGAUGUACUGCUGUAGAAAACACACAUAGGUGCACGGAAACCUAAAACGGAUGGAAAAUAGUUUAUAUUCUAAACAAAACAAAUUAUGUACUCAACAUGCAAUAGCGCUAUACAGUACGACCAUACUGAUUCAGCAACAAGUAACCUCUCCAAUUGUCUUAGUUUUUGUUGUGUUUUUAAUGGAAUCAUUGCGUAAAAAGGGCCCCAUCCCCCUUUUUAGAUUUUUAUUUUAUUGCAUUUUACAAAUAUGCAAUGCAAGUCACAAAAACAUGCUGCAUUAUGGAUGAACAGGAAGGAACACAAAAACUAUAAAUCACAAGAACAAAUAAUAUUAGCAAAAAAGAACAGAUAAUCAUUGGUGCGUAUAUCGGCACAGUCAGAAAGACUAGAUAAUUAUGAGAGUGCAUUUAGCAAAGCAAUGAGCAAGAGGCAAAAGUAGCAACCAACCCCUAUUUUUGAAUACAUUAUAUGGAUAAUAUUUAAAAAUGCGAAAAGAAGAAAAAAAACUAAAAUUGAAAAAAGAAAUGCAAAAAUAAUAUCCCUUCCAGGAUCCUCAAACUUUAGAUAAGCUGACUGCAGCUUCAAGCAGACCUCUCCCUCAUCAUGAAGAGGCUCACCAAUCAGCUGCCUCUUGUUCUCGUUUUUGGGGUCAGAUCUUAUACACCCCUCUUCAUCAGAUGUUUAUAGGAUUAGUAGUUUAUCGCGCAGUAAGCAGUUUCACUCAUUACACAAGAUUAGUAGAAAUGCUCUAUAAAUUCUUAGCACUAAUAAUCUCACAUUUCGGUCCAAUAGCCUUCUCUUUAUAUUGCAAAUACAUUGUGUAGCUUAUACUAUGAUUAUAUUUACAUUUUCUAUUGGGUCUAGCAGGUUGCCAUGUACUAUCCCCUGUACUAUCUCCCACUGUGUGUGAAGCCCAUUCCUUUGUUUCUACACCAAUAAUAUCAAUUAUAAACAGCCAGUUCACAUUUAAAAGACCACUAUAGUGCCAGGAAAACAAACUUGUUUUCCUGGCACUAUAGUGUUAAUAGGUCCCCCCCUCCCGCUGGGCUGAAGGGGGAGGAAGGGGUUAAAAUCUUACCUUGCUGGGGACUCACCUCCUCCGUCUGAGCCGCGCGCGCAUUCAGUCAGUCUCAAUGCUUUCCUAUGGACGCUGGCGUCUUCUCACGCCUCUAGCGUCUGUCAAUGAGACAGCCACUAGAGGCUGGAUUAAUAGUGCAGACAUAUUUGACCAUCUCCUUCUCUGAAACGGUCAGAACAAUGAAAAAUUUGUCGUACAUGUCAAUUGCUAGGUUCUCUUCCGGGGUUGGUCAAUACUAGUCAAUAUUAAUAUCAAGAUGGCACCAACAUAAUUGCGAAACUUAAUAUGCAGUCAAAGAUCAGCAGCCAUUUUAAAUUUGAAAGCCUUUUAAAUUUCAUAAAACCUUGGGCAAUUGUAGAGGUCUGCAGUGAGAAGUUGUACAUGAUACACGUAGGCUAUAGUUAAUAUCGUGUGGUGGAUCUUUUGGAUUUUAUGCACAUCUUUCAAAAACUAUACAAAUCCUUUUGUCACAGAAAUGGAACUCUAUGUGAAGUUAUGACCUUUAUUCAGAUUGGUUUAGGAGGCGGUCAAUGUUAUGUGGUUUGGCAGCCAUUUUAAAAUGAUCAUAAAGAAAAUAGAUUUGUUUUUUCAACGCAUACUUUAUUUAAUCCUUUUCAAAAAUGUAUACAAAAAAGAAACCACAUUAAAAUGCAUCACCUACAGUAUUUCUAUUACAUAAAUAUUUUACAGUUUAACCCUGUCUUACCAAGCACUUUUUGUUUGAAAACUUUAAGUAUAGCAUUUCUUUGAAAUGGGGGUUGAUAGUCAGCACAUAAGUAUAUAUAUAUAGCUAUAGACCGUGUACAAUAUUUAGCACAUGGUAUAAAAUUAUACAAAAAAAAACAAAACAAAAAAAAAAAACACUUUUCUCACAUGAAGUAGGUGUGACAAAAAUAAAUAAAAAUGUUCCAAGGUAUUUGUACGAAUCCUGAGGCAUUACUAGCAGCACAGCUUGUUUAAAAUUGCAACAGAAUAUAAAUAAGAAUCUCUAGAUUGUAAGCUCUUUUUAGCAGGGUCCUCAUCAACCUAUCGUUCCUAUAACAUUUUGUAAUUUUCUAAUUUAUUGUUAAAUUUCCCCAUUCAUAAUAUUGUAAAGGUGCUGCAGAAUAAGUUGACGCAAUAUAAAUGCCAUUAAUAAUAAGAAACAGUUAGUCUGUCUGCAUUUGAAAAUAAUGCAUCCAUUAAAUGUAUUACUAGUGGCUUCUGCCAGAGACGUUUGUAUGCAGAGGUUGGCAAUCUUUGGCACUCCAGAUGUUUUGCAUAAUUGUGGCAAAGCAUUAGUGGAGAUAUACAGUGAGGGAAAAAAGUAUUUGAUAUCCUGCUGAUUUUGAACAUUUGACCACUGACAAAGAAAUUAUCCAUUGUAAAGCACUGUGGAAUUUGAUGGCGCUAUAUAAAUAUCAUAAUCAUAAUAAUAAUCAGUCAUUAAUUUUAAUAGUAGGUGUAUUUUAACAGUGAGAGACAGAAUAUCAAAAAUAAAAUCCAGAAAAACGCAUGUCAAAAAAGUUAUAAAUUGAUUUGCAUGUCAAUGAGUGAAAUAAGUAUUUGAUCCCCUCUCAAUCAACAAGAUUUCUGGCUCCCAUGUGUCUUUUAUACAGGUAACAAGCUGAGAUUAGGAUCACUCUCUUAAAGGGAAUGCUCCUAAUAUCAGCUCGUUACCUGUAUAAAAGACACCUGUCCACAGAAGUAAUCAGUCAGUUUCCAAACUCUCCACCAUGGCCAAGACCAAAGAACUGUCCAAGGAUGUCAGGGACAAGAUUGUAGACCUACACAAGGCUGGAAUGGGCUACAAGACCAUCGCCAAGUAGCUUGGUGAGAAGGUGACAAUAGUUAGUGCCAUUAUUCGCACAAAAAAACUGUUAGCCUCCUUCGGUCUGGUGCUCCAUGCCAGAUCUCACCUCAUGGAGUUUCAGUGAUCAUGAGAAUGGUGAGGAAUUAGCCCAGAACUACACGGGAAGAUCUUGUUCAUGAUCUCAAGCUACCUGGAACCAUAGUCACCAAGAAAACAAUUGGUAACACACUAUGCCAUGAAGGACUGAAAUCCUGCAGUGCCCGCAAGGUCCCCCUGCUCAAGAAAGCACAUAUGCAGGCCCAUCUGAAAUUUGCCAAUGAACAUCUGAAUGAUUCAGAGAAUAACUGGGUGAAAGUGUUGUGUUAAGAUGAGACCAAAAUCGAGCUCUUUGGCAUCAACUCCAUGUUUGGAGGAGGAGGAAUGCUGCCUAUGACCCCAAGAACACCAUCUCCACCAUCAAACAUGGAGGUGUAAACAUUAUGCUUUGGGGGUGUUUUUCUGCUAAGGUGACAGGACAACUGCACCGCAUCAAAGGAACAAUGGAUGGGGCCAUGUACCGUCAAAUCUUGGGUGAGAACCUCCUUCCCUCAGCCAGGGCAUUGAAAUUGGAUCGUGGAUGGCUAUUCUAGCAUGACAGUGACCUACAACACACAGCCAAGGCAACAAAGGAGUGGCUCAAGAAGAAGCACAUUAAGGUCUUGGAGUGGCCUAGCCAGUCUCCAGACAUUAAGCCCAUAGAAAAUCUGGGACGGUCGCUGAAGGUUCUAGUUGCCAAACGUCAGCCUCGAAACCUUAAUGACUUGGAGUGGAUCUGCAAAGAGAAGUGGAAAAAAACCCCUCCUGAGAUGUGUGCAAACCUGGUGGCCAACUACAAGAAACCUCUGAACUCUGUAAAUUGCCAACAAGGGUUUUGCCACCAAGUACUAAGUCGAAGGGGUCAAAUACUUAUUUCACUCAUUGACAUGCAAAUCAAUUUCUAACUUUUUUGACAUGUGUUUUUCUGGAUGUUUUUGUUAUUCUGUCUCUCACUGUUAAAACACACCUACCAUUAAAAUUAUGGACUGAUAAUUUCUUUGUCAAUGGGCAAUGUUCAAAAUCAGCAGGGGAUCAAAUACCUUUUUCCCUCACUGUAGCCCACAACAUCUGGUGUGCCAGAGGUUGCCUAUUUCUUCCAUUGAUUGCGUCUCAUCAGAUUCUAAAGAUUAUAUCUUUACUUUAUCUAAAAAGUUAUCUAAAAAGGUUAAAACGUUACCAGUCAUUUACUUACAGCUGUUAAACUAACAAAGCUCAUGCAGGGUGUAGAAGGCUAUUAACAGAGCACAAGAUAAUAAAUUCUAAAUUAUACAAAAUGUACAAUAAAGGAAGUUUAAAAAUUAAACCUCUCUUUGGAGGAAGUGUUUAGGAAGGCUGUGUAAGUCACAUGCGUGGAGACAUGACUAGUGCUGUAGAAACAAAGUGAUUUAACUCCUAAAUGGCAGAGAAUUGGGCAGUGAGACUAUAGGGGCAUGAUUUAUACACCAAAACCACUUAAUUAAAGUAAAACUAUAGGGCCAAUAACACAAACCUGUAUUCCUGACCUAAAAUCAAUAUCUACCCCACACACAAAAUCUGCCUUCCAAAAUAUAAUGAAAUCUUACCUUUAUUCCAGUCUGCCAGCACAGGCUCCACCUCUGAUCUGCCUCCUUGGCUGACAUCAUCAGAAUUUUAUGAUCUCAGCCAAUCACAUUGCUUUCUCAUAGAAAGUAUUCGAUUGGCUGAGAUAGUCAAUAUUGAUGAUCUUAGCCAUGGAGGCUGGCCGGGGGCAGAGCCAAAUACUUCCCUGGCCAAUCAGCAACUCCUUUUAGAGAUGCGUUAUAUCAAUGCAUCUCUAUGAGGAAAGUUCAGUGUCUCCAUGCAGAACACGGAGACACUUAAUAUCAGUGCUGCACAGUGUGUAGCAAUGUCCGAGGGAGCACCUUUAGUAGCUGUCUAAGUAGUGGCCGCUGGAGGUGGCCUUAGGCUGUAAUGUAAUGUGAAAAGACACAACAAAAUUGUCUGCAGGGACUCACUAUACUCACCAGUACAACUAAAAAAAGCUGUAGUUGUUCUGGUGGCUAUAAUGACCAUUUAAGCUAAAGUGGUUUUGUUGCCUAUUUUGUUCCUUCAAUCACAAAUUGCUUCUACAAAUAUGAAAGUGAUUCAGUUUACAUAUGAAGACUGUGCAUUACAAGAUCUCCAGCUGACAGAGUGAAAUGAGUGAGAACAAAAAGUGCAAAUUUAAAAAUCCCCAAAAAUAUUCAGCACUUUAUUGGCUCCAUAUUGCAAACGAUUCAAACUGUUCUGGUGAAAGUGUGGCUUUUUGGUAAUGAAGUAUUAUGUGUUUUUAUACACUCCUUUGCAGUGUACUAUUUAUUAGUGUAAACAGUGACAAGAUCUUUUUGUUUCUGUCAGGUGUGUUAUUUUCACGGUUACUAACUUUUUAUAACCAUGGAUUGUAGAGCAAUGUUUGAACUAAAAUCACUCAGAUUUUUGUUUACGCAGCUCUUUACAGAAAAGAAUAUUCACUUUCUUUCUACUAUAGCCUUUAAGUCAUGGCAACUUUAGAUUGUUGAAGAAACAAGUUAGUUGCUCCAAGCAACCGUUUUUCAUUGACUCUAUAAUAUUCACUACUAUACAUAUGUUUCAGGCAGGUGUGAAAAAAUGCCGUAAAGUAAGAAUGCUUUCAAAAAUUGAAAUGUUAGCAGUUUAAUUUUAUCAAUUAGCAAAAUACAAAGUUAGUGAACAGAAGACAAAUCUUAGCGAAAGCAUACAGAGAAUAGGAGAAAGGAAAUACCACUUCUAUUUCUCCUCUUUAUUUGCAAAAUGUCCUUGUCUGAACUAGAUUAUGGUGCCGUUUGCUAGAAAAAAGUUAAAGGAACACUAUAGGGUCUGGAACACAAACAUGUAUCCCUGACCUUAUAGUGUUAAAACCACCAUCUAGCCCCUCACCCCCAUUUUCCCCUAAAUAUAGUAAAAUCUUACUUUUGUUCAAAUCUGCAGCUGCUGACUCUGCCCCUCAGAUGUUUGCUUGAUUGACACCAUCAGAAGUGUUGUUCUGAGCCAAUCACAAAGACUUCGCUGAGACUGUCAGGGAGGUAGAUCAGGGGCAGAGCCAGCACAAUUUAAACACAACCCUGUUCAAUCAGCAUCUCCUCAUAGAGAUGUAUUAAAUGAAUGCGUCUCUAUGAGGAAAGUUCAGUGUCUGCAUGCAGAGGGUGGAGACAAUGAAUUGCAUUGCUGCUUACUGUGCAGUGCAUGCGCACUAGCCUCCUACGACUACCCUAUAGGGAAGCAUUGGAUUAGCCUAGAUCUGGUAUAGGCAACCUUCAGCACUCCAGAUGUUUUGUACUACACUUCCCGUUGAUCCUUUACAAGCAUUAUGAGUGUAAGAGCAUUAUGGGGGAUGUAGUCCACAACAUCUGGAGUGCCGAAGGUUGCCUAUCCCUGGCCUAGAUCAUCAAAAUGAUGAUCUCAGCUUAAAAGGCAUAGCAGCAGCGAGAAAAGCAGUGUGGCAUGGGCUAAAAGGUAAGUAAUACUCACCUUUCAAACUCUCACACAGGAAAUAUUCAACCUUUUUAGUGUGUGCAUUAUACUCUUGUUUUUUCAGAAAAAACAUAGCUAAGUAGCAGGACACCAUAGCGUUAGGAAUACAUGUCUUUAUAUCUGAAUGCUUGUUACAUGGGAUAGUUACAGACACUUAUCUUUGUUACAUAAAAUUACAAAAUACCCACUAAACACCAAAAGUACAAUAUAUGGAAAAAAGCUACUUAGCUUAUAUGUACAGAUUCCCAAGGUCCCUUUCCUGGUGACCUCACAUAAACAAGAUAUAGUACAGAAAAUAUGGGAUACAGCUGAAUACCUAGAAUGAAAAAUAACAAAAUAAUAGUGCAACACUGUAUGAUGAUGUUAACAGUGCCCCCACUUAAUAUAGAACUCACAGACUCCAAGUGAUAUAGCGCCUUAAAGUUGCUUUCCCUUACAAGGGAGGUUUGGAUCCUCUAUCGGGUUGUAGCUCUCCCGAUCAAAAUCAGGGAUCGGGUAGGUAAGUAAAAAAAUGAUUUAUUUAAAAUAUAUAUAUGUAAAAAAAUUCAAUUGAUAAAAAUGUAUAAAGCAGUAGAUCACCAGUCCUACGCGUUUCGUUUCCUUAGAAACUACGUCAGAGACCAAUUUUCAUACAAUUACAGUGAUAAAACAUUAUCAGUAACAAUAAAUCAACUUGGCCGUCGUCCCCUAACCAGCCCUAAAUAGGGCUGUUCCUGGUGUGUUUGGGGGAGUUCCCAUCCAUUCCGCCAAUCGAUUUCUUUUCAUUUCUCCUCCCCAUGGCUGUUUCGGUUUUUUAACUGCCGCCGUGUGUUCUUCCGCGUUGUUAAUCAAUUUCCGGCCUGGGUACCAAUGUUCCAAUUUCAAAAUAAGCUUUAUUGUUCAUGUAGUUCAUGAGUUUACAAAAAAAAAUCACAUAUUUCAUUAUAACUCUUUAGUCUAGUGAAAAAACAAAGCUGUGUUAGUGAACCGUUAUCUUCAUAUAUUGGUUUUAAGCAAGAUUUUUCCUUAUAUAUUUGGGUGAAGAAUCAGUGAGCUAUAAAUCAAAGUGCUGUGAAUGUAAGCCCUAUUACUCAUCACACACUUUUACUAUAUUAAUAAUUAUGAGUUUGCCCACCUGACAAGCCAAAAUUACCGUCAACCACAUAUUCCUACAGAUGAGAAUAUGUGUGCCAUGUGUCACUAAAAAUGUCAAUCACAAAAAAAAUAUGUUAAAAAAUAUAUACAUUAAAAAAUAUAAAAAUAUUUAAAAAAAAUGUGAAAAAUUUUAUCAAAAAUUAUGAUAGAAAAUAUAUAAUAAUACAAAAAUAAAAAAUAAAUAAAAAUAUAAAAAAUUAUAAAGCAUAUUUUAACUUGGCCAGUGGGGCAUAUCUACCAACAUCAUCACUCAUAGGGUUCACAAAAAACAAACCAAAUCAAUGCCUACAUUUAAGCCAUUCGGUUCCAGUGUCUGCAAUUGUGGAUCCAAAAGGUUUCCCGUUGGGAAAAGGAUCUCAGUCUGUCCCCUCCUCUCCAUUGGGGAUCGAUCAUUUUGAUUCCUAAGCACACCAAUUCCUUGCGUUCAAACAUUGGACAGGAGCUGCAGUGCACUGGAACCGAAUGGGACACUUUUUCCAAUAUUAUUGGCGUGCUUCAGUAUUCUAACUUUAAAGUAUUGCUCGGUGCGUCCUACAUAUUGCUUGCCGUACAGACACUGCAGUAGAUACACAAUGUAGUCCGUGCGGCAAUCAAUGUGUGUCUUGAUGGAAAAUGUCUCUCCUGUUGUGGUACUUUUAAAAGUAGUAUUUUUUAGCAAUUUCAUGGUGCGGCAAGCUUUAAACCUCCCACAACCUUUAAAACCUGGUUCUCCAGGAUCUUUUCAUUGAUUGGUGGUUUGUAUACAUUUUACAUAACUGGGAGCCAAAAGAUUUUUUUUAGGUUACAAUUUGUUUUUUCAAUUACUGUGUUUUUUUGGGGUAAGAUGGUACUCAACACAGCGUCUUGUAAGAGGAUAGGCCAAUGUUUAGCCAAGCCCCUCUUAAAGCCUAUUUUUUUUUUAUUAUAUAUUUUCCAUUAUAAUUUUUUAUUACAUUUUCCAUAUAUGUUUUAAUAUUUUUGUAUUUUUGUGUUUUUUUAAUAUAUAUAUAUUUUUGAGAUUUACAUUUCUAGUGACACAUGGCACACACAUUGUCAUUUGUAGGACUAUGUGAUUGACAGUAAUUUUGGCUUGUCAGGUGGGGCAACUCCUAUUAUAAUUAUUAUUGCCAUUUAUAUAGCGCCAACAGAUUUCGUAGCGCUUUACAAUAUUAUGAGAGGGGGGAUUUAACUAUAAAUAGGACAAUUACAAGAAAACUUACAGGAACGAUAGGUUGAGGAGGACCCUGCUCAAACGAACUUACAGUCUAUAGGAGGUGGGGUAUAAAACACAUUAAGACAGGAAAUAGCAAUCAGAUAAGGUGGGAGUGAAGCAGAGCUGGAGGAGAGAGUAAAGUGCUGCCCUUUAGGAGAGAGAGGUAUGUGAGGUAGAGGUUACCCUAGGAGGCCAUAAACUUUCCUAAAGAGAUGGGUUUUAAGGCACUUCUUAAAUGAUUGAAGACUAGGGGAGUGUCUGAUGGCGGUAGGCAGGCUAUUCCAUAGGUAGGGAGCCGCCCACGAGAACUCCUGCAAGCAUGAGUUAGCCGUACGGAUGCGAGCAGCGGACAUGAGAAGGUCACGGACAGAGCAGAGAGACCGAGAAUGGGCAUACCUAUGGAUCUGUGAAGAGAUAUAAGAGGGGCUAGAAUUGUUCAGUGCUUUAUAGGUAUGGGUUAGCACUUUAAAUUGACUCCUACAGGAUACAGGAAGCCAAUGUAAGGAGGAGUUAGAGGACCGACUAGAGAGGUAAAUCAGUCUGGCGGCAGCAUUCAUUACAGACUGUAGCGUGGCAAUAUGGCUUUUGGGAAGACCAAUUAGGAGAGGAUUACAAUAAUCCAUGCGGAAAUUACCAGAGCAUGGACAAGCUCCUUGGUAGCAUCUUGUGUAAGAAAUGGGCGGAUGCAGGCUUUUUUUUAAAGAUGGGAUCUACAGGAUUUGGUAACAUACUUGAUGUGAGGCUCAAAGGUGAGGCCAGAAUCAAGUAUGACACCAAGACAGAGCGCUUGCAAGGAUGGACUUAUGUGGAUACCACUAACUUGUAGGGAGAGCGAAAGAGGAUGAUCAGUAUAAGGAGGAGGAAUGAUAUAUGUCAUGGGUACCCUCUAUAAUACAAAAGUUUCCAUAAUAAAUGUGUAUGCCCCCAACAGUUUUAGAGAGAUUGAGUUUCUGAAAGAAGGAGGACAUCUAGUCAGAGAUGGAAGAAACGCAAGCAGUGACACGUUGCAGGAUGGCAGGGAAUAGGUCCGGGGGGAGAGAUAUAUCUGGGUACAGGUGGUAGUGGAAUCCAAAUGAGUUAAUAAAUUUGCCAAGAGAGCCAGUAUAAAGAGAAAAUAGAAGAGGAACAAGGACAGAGCCUUGGGGGACUCAAACCGAGACAGGACGAGGGGUGGAGGUAUCAUUAGAAAAGGAAACAAUGAGCGUUGGGAGAGAUAAGAGGAAAACCACGAGAGGACAGUGUCACAGAGACCGAGUGAUUGAAGAGUUUGAAGAAGGAGAGCAUGAUCAACGGUGUCAAAGGCAGCAGAAAGGUCAAGAAGAAUUAGUAUGGAGUAGUGGCUUUUGGAUUUAGCCACGAUUAGGUCGUUAGUAACUUUGAUAAGAGCAGUCUCAGUAGAGUGGAGAGCGUGGAAGCCAGAUUGAAGAGGGCCAAGGAGAGAGUUGGAAUUGAGGAAGUGAGACAUACGGGUAAAGACAAGUCUUUCCAGAAGCUUUGAGGAAAAAGGGAGCAGAAAUAUGGGACGAUAGUUAGAGGGGGAGGACGGGUCAAGAGAUUUUUUUUCAGGAUAGGUACUACAAUGGCAUGUUUAAGGUCAGCAGGGACAGCGCCAGUUGAAGAUAUGUGUUAAGGAAGGCACAAAACAGGGGGAGAGAGAUCUAAUAUGGUGAAAUGGGACAGGAUCGAGCAGGCAAGUGGUGGGGCGAGAGGAAAGCAGAAGCACAGCCACCUCUUGUUCAGUAGCCAGGGAGAAAGCCUGAAGGGUAGGAAAGGCAUGAUCUACAUGUGGUUGAGAAAGAGAACAGCAAGGUGGUGAGAAUUCUUUCCUUAGCUGUUCAAUCUUUUCAGUAAAGUAGCAUGCAAAGUUAUCGGCUGUAAGGUUAGUUUGGGGGGUGGCCACAGCAAGGCGAAGAACAGAGUUAAAGGUGUCAAAGAGACGCCUAGGAUUGUGGGAGCAUGAAUUAAUGAGAGAGGAAGGGCAUGACUGUUUGGCGAGGGCAAGGGCUGCGCAGUAUGAACACAAUAUGAAUCUAUAAUGGAGAUCUGCUUGGGUGCGAGAUUUCCUCCAGGAGCGUUCAACACAACAGGAGCAUCUUUGCAGGUAGCGUGUUGAUUUAGUAUGCCAUGGUUGGGGGCGAGUACUCCUCGAGGUGCAUGUUUGGAGCGGGGCUGCAGCGUUCAAGGCAGAGGUGAGGGUAGUGGUAUAUGUGGAGAUAGCCUGUGAGGGACAGAAGAGGGAAGGGAUGGAUAGCAGUUAUAAAUUAAUAUCAGCUGACAGCUGCUGGCAGUCAAUAGAAUUAGGGUUCCACCUGAGUUUAGGGAGGUUAGGCUGAGGUUGUCGGGUGAGGGAGUACCUGAGAGCAAACGAUAAGAGGUGGUGUUUAGAGAUAGGAAAUGGAGAGUUGCAGAUAUUAGAUACUGUACAUACAUAAGAGAAAAAGAGGUUGAGGGUAUUGCCAGUUACAAGGGAGGAAGUAAUUGAAAGUUGUUUAAAGGCUGCUGAGGCCAAAGGUGGGUUAAUGGGAAUAUUGAAGUCCCUGAGAAUUAGGGAUUGAAUAUUAGAAGAGAGGACGUAGGGUAGCCAGGCAGCAAAGUGGUCAACGAAGAGUAGAGGGGGAACGGGAGGGGAGGUGGUAGGGUGAUAAAUAACGGCAAUAUUAGCAGAGAAGGGUUUGAAGAGGCGAAUCAAAUGCAUUUCAAAUGAUGGGAUGGGGGGUGGGGAGGAGGUGGAGGUUUGAAGGAGCAGUGAGGUGAGAGGGAGAAAUUAAUAUUUAGAGAAAAUGUGUUUUGUUAUAUAGAUAUGAAGAUUAUACAUAUGCACAUAUAUAAUCAUAGACUUAUAUAUACAAACACAUAUAACUGAGUGUAUAAACCAUUGUUAAGGAUGCAGUUUGUUUACAGAGAGAUUUCAGGUGAGGAGAGGUUUAGUGAAUUGGUGUGUUUUGAAAAUCAGGUGAUCUGCACUAUCUAUAAGUAUGCUAAUGACGAUGGGGCGGGAAGGGUGGGUAGCCUUCCAGAGAUGAUAUCUCUGCUUAGGCUUUUCUGCAGGACUUUGUUGCUUGUGAGUACUGGGUGUUGAUAAUUAAUGCUGUUAUUAGGGGCCCAGUCUCUGCUUAGGCUUUUCUGCAGAGCUUGGUUGCUUGUGCGGACUGGGUGUUGAUAAUUAAUAUAGUAUAAGUGUGCGAUGAUUAAUGGGUUUACAUUCCUAGCACUUUGAUUUAUAGUGCACUGAUUCUUUACCCAAAUAUAAAAGGAAAAAUCUUGCUUAAAACCAAUAUAUGAAGAUGAUAACUAUUCACUAAGACAACUUCAAUUUUUCACUAGACUAAAGAGUUGAAAGUAACUACGUGAUUUUUUUUGUAAACUCAUCAACUACUUAAACAAUAAAGCUUGAUUUGAAAUUGGAACGCACGGAAGGAGGCGUUGGUAUGCAACCCAGAUAUUGAUUAACAACGCGGAAGAACACACAGUGGCAACUGAAAAACCGAAACAGCCAUGGAGAGGAGAAAUUAAAGAAAUCGAUUGGCGGAAUGGAUGGGAACUCCCCCAAACACACCGGAGGAAAUCAGGAACAGCCUUAUUUAGGAAGAUGUGGUUAGGGGAUGGUUAGGAUGAUUUAUUGUUACUGAUAGUGUUUUAUCAUUGUAAUUAUAUGAAAAUUGGUCCCUGAAAAAGUCUCUAAGGAAACAAAAUGCGUAGAACCGGUGAUCUACUACUGCUUUUAUAAAUUUUUUAUCAAUUUAAUUUUUUUUUCAUAUAUCAAAUAAAUAAGUUUUAUACUUACCUACCCGACUCCUGAUUUUUAUCCAGAGAGCCACAAACCGAUAGAGGCAACUUUAAGGCGUUAUAUCACUUGGAGUCUGUGAGUUCUAUAUUAGGUGGGGGCACUGUUAACAUCAUCAUACAGUGUAGCACUAUUAUUUUGUUAUUUUUCAUUCUAAGUAUUCAGCUGUAUCCCAUAUUUUCUGUACUAUAACUUAUCUUUACUGUGGAUUUUUUUUUCACUUUCAUUUAUAUAUGGAAAUGUAUUGAGAGUGCAGAGAUACCCAGGUCAUGCUUAUCUAGUCAGUUUUAUUGUUCUAGAUAGUUGUCUUUUACUAAGUCACAAGUGAUAAUCAUGCAUUAAAGGCGGCCCUGUUAUCUUCAGAUGGUAUGAAAGACAAGGUCUUCUUCAGAUAAGACGUAAAAUGUAACCUAGUACCUGAGAUAUUGCUAGUAAAUAUAUAGGUUUGUGAGCAUUUUGUCUGCUUUUUAAAUUCUACACAACAGUAUUCCCCAUAUUGCUCCCUUUUAAGGAACACUUUAGUGUUAAAAGAAUAAUAAAUAAAUAAAAUGUUCCUCUUCCCAACCACUCGCAGCUCAUCCCCUCCGAAAACAUUUUUACAAUCUCCCCAUUCCAGCGCCAAGGUCCCUCUGGUGGCUGACGUCACAAGUGUAGCGACAGCUAGGUCACAUACCAUAUUUGUAGCACACCGACUUCUCAACUCGCAGAACUUGCUUGGAUUCCACCAUUUUGUCAUCUUAGUGGCCUUAAAGGGACACUAGGCAUUGUACCUGCUUCAUUUUUUUAUUAUUAUUAUCCGCAAAGCUUUACAUUAAAAGGUGAAUUUAACAAGUGAGACAAUAACAAAAUGUUAGAGAAACAAUAGGUAGAUGGGGACCCUGCUCAAGCGAACUUACAGUCAUUGAAGUAGUUGUAGUUUCUGGAGUCCACUCAUGCUAUCCUUCUGUUUAGUGUUCAGCCAUUUGUAAUGAUUUAAUGCAAAACAAGAGUGCCCAGCAACCAAUCCCCUCUGUGCUGUUUUGGGCUAAUGAGAAAGCAUUAAUCUGAGCAGCAAUGGUUCUCUGCAAUUGGCUGAGAGUGUCAGGUGUCUGGUUUCAGUAAUCAAAGUGUGAGGAUGUCCAGUUUCACUUCACUGAUUAAAAUUAUAGUGCACACUGAUUUUAUCUUAAAAAAUCUAAACAUAAAUGAGAUGGUACUUAUUGUGCUUAUAUAUUUAAUUACCUGCAGUUAAAUUAAUGGAUAUUUAAUAUGCAGCAAAUCAAGUGUGUUAACCUGUUUUGUGCCACAAUUUAUUAACUUUUCAUUUUUAUAUUUGUAAUACAUAAAGCACCUCCACUGGCUGUCUGGUGACAGCCGCUAGAGGAGCAGUUAAUGUUGCUGUAUAAUUAUUGCAGUUUCUCAGAAUAAUUAACAUUGCAGGGAUAAGGGGACCGGGGCUCUGCACCCAGACCACCUCAAUGAGAUGAAGUGGUCGGAGUGCCUUUCAUGUUCCUUUAAGGCUGUAUUUGUAUAUCACUGUUUCACACACGUAACGUGCUUUGAUGUUCUCAGGCAGCCUUGAUGAUCUCCCUCAUAUGGAAAUAUUACUCUGAGCCAGUGACCGUGUUACCCAGUAAAUGGAUUGCCCCGUUGGAACGUCUCGUAGCAUUUCCUACUGGCAUUGCAGGUAAUAUUUGUGGUAUCAUAAUAAUUCUAAAUGUUUAAAUGCAAUGCAGUACCUGAAACAUAACCACUCUGCAUUGGACUGAUUGUGAACUUUGUAGUGUUUGUAAUGUUUUUACUUUGUUCCUUUAUAUGUUUUACAAUGUAAGGCUCCAUGUAAUCUCUGAACUCCUCUAUUUUACACUGGAGUUAUUUUGGGUCAUGUGACCAUAGCUUUAUACUCAAUAAAAAAAAGUUUAAACUUAAAUGCAUGAAUUAAAGCCAGGGAAAAGUUGUAAUUAAAUGAUUACACUUGUUUCCUAGGAAGUAACAUGUAUGUUUUUAUGAUGCAUGCCAUUUUAUACACUGUCAAGGAUUGAGGUUUCAUUGUGAAGCCUUAAAAUGCCCUUGUCUCUGACUAUCAAUAGUGUACACUGGUUUUAUCUUAAAAAAAUUUAUAUUAAUAACAGUACUUAUUGUGCUUUUACAUUUAAUAUUCAGCAAAACAAAUGUGUGGACUUGUUUUGUGCCAUCGUUUAUUAACUUUUCAAUUUGACGUUUAAAGCAUUUAGAGGGACACUCCCUGGCCAAAGUUCAAAAAUAAAUCACAUUUCAUUGCAAAUAGCACUCACUGUUUUCCCACCCAGACAUUUUGUGGCUGUCUAAUCACAGACCUCCCAAUGCAUCUCAAGGAGAAGUCUUAACAAUUACUGGCUCUUGAUUUUAGCUCUGCUGAGCUAAACAACCAGGAAGUAAUAGGACCCAUUGUCUGAAUGACAGGCAAAGUUCAUUUAUAAAAUUGCCAAUUUCUAUUGAAAUCUGCACUGCUUGUAAAAUAAAAAAAAGGCUAAAAUGCGCUAGAUUCUAGGAGCUAGGAGUGUCCCUUUAACGUUACAUUUUAUAAUGGUUAGUGGGCAAUGAGAGCAACUACAAACUAAGAUCAAAUGUAUCUAAAAAAACAUUAAAAUAGCUAUAAACUAUUCCCACCUAUUAAGUUCCACAGGGCACGUUGGGUAAAUAACAUGACGGGAUGCCUUCGUAAUUGAGAGAAGUCCUAUCGAAGAGUCCUCACCUGGAACACUUGGAACAUUCAGGCUAUAAAUCUUUGAUCAUUGUAUCUAUUCACAUGAGGUGUUUUCACAUAUCCUUUUUUUAAUUUUUAUUUUUAUUUCCAAUUCCAGGUGGAGUGGGAAUAACGUGUUGGCUGGUAGUUUGCAACAAAGUGGUGGCUAUAAUGCUGUAUCCCAUCAGCUAGGACGAAUGACUAUCUGCUAACAAGGCAUUCCAUAGUGCUGCUAUCUGAAUACACCUGUAUGCAUGUGGACCCAAGCAGUGACACUGCAAGCAGCUUCUACCCAUGGCUUGCAGGGUUUCAGAACAUUAGGAACUAUUUAAAUAUAAUUUAAUUGUAUUAAAACACAAAACAAAACACAAGGCAUGAUGUACUCUGUUUCUGUACAAUUUCUGUUGUUCUUGAAAAUCAGUAAUAUUGCUUUAUAUUCAUGUUUUUUUUUGUGAAUGGUAAAUAAAUUGGUGCAUGGAUAUUCUCAAAUAGUAGGAUUACUUUUGAAUGAGGAUUUUUAUAUGCAAUAAAUGAAAAUAGAAUGCAACCUUCUAUGUAUGUCUAACCAUCUUCCCUCUUAGUUCAACUAGGCAGAAAGCACAGUAAAUCGUUAAGUUCUCCUACGGAUGGCAAUGCAUUGUGGGAGUUGUUCUUCAACAUCUGUUUGGCCCUUCCACUGCUGUUUAUCAGCACAC